UCUCCACUUCAACAGAAAGAAUGGGGACACCUAAAGGGAUCCCAUUGUGGAUCCUAUCAAUAACUCUGGGCUCACUGAAUGGUAAGUACUUUUUUCCAUUUAACAUUCAAAUCUAUUUAACAUUUAUCCAUUUAACAGAAAAAAGGAAUAUAAAAGCGGUGAAAUGCGUAUUUACGUUUACACCAGGUAAUAUGAGGAGGAUUGUUGUGUCUUAUAUAUGGGCAAAAAUAUUACGUUAACGUAAAAUUAAUAAGUAUUAACCCACGGAUAAACUUUACAUAUUAAUGAAAAAUAUUACGUAAAGUAGGGUCGUUUCUGAAUUUUAAAGUGAAAUUUACAACAAAAUUAAGGCAAUGGAUUAAAUUACAAAGGCAUUCUGUAUAUGGUCAUUAUUGUAUUUUCAUUGUUAAUUGUUUCUUUGAAAACUCAAUAAAACAUACAAAAAUUGCAACAACAAAAAAACUGAAAUAAUUCUAAGAAACACAUGUAGGAAUAAUAAUAAUAAUAAUAAUAAUAAUAAUAAUAAUAUAAUACACCAUAGAUAUAGGUUAUGUCUAAAUCACAGGUUAUUCAAACAUAUAUUUUACAAGGUUUUAAUUAUUGAUCGUAAUAAGAAUAAAUACUGCCUGCAUUUUAAAUUAUUUUAUACAAAAAAUAUGUUGUUAUUGUUUUUAUAAAGAGUAAACAAAGAAAAUACAAUGUGCUUAAAGCAGGGUUUAGGUGAUUUCCCCUUCUCCAGCACAACAGUGUAUAGUGCAGCUUACGCUCUGAUUUGUUUAGCGCUGCACUUUACACUGUUGUGCUAGAGAAGGGGAUAUCACCUAAACCCUGUUUUAAGCACAUUGUAUUUUCUUUGUUUACUCUUUAUAAAAACAAUAACAACAUAUUUUUUCUAUAAAAUAAUUUAAAAUGCAGGCAGUAUUUAUCCUUAGAAUAAAAUUAUUCAUAUUCACUAAGCGCCCGCGUUUCACACAUCAAAAUAUCACCCAUUGUUUUUAUAAAGGUUACAAAAAUAAGGAUUAAAUACUUGAAAAGGAUAAGUGGCGCUAAAAUUAAAUAAGAUGUAUCAAAACAAUAAAUAUAUCCCAGUAGGAACAUAACUGUGAUAAUUGUAGACAAGAUGUAUUAACAGUUAUACAUAUAGUGAGGCGAUACAUCAACAGUGGAGAAUCCAGGUCAGGAAUGUAGAGGAAAAUAAAUUAAUUACAUUUUACAUAACAAAAUAAUCAAAAGUGGUGAACUCGCUGGUGAGAAGGCUAUUUGGAAAUCAUGUUAAUAGUAAGUGUACAGUAAAAGCGAGGUAUUAAUGCAUGAGGUAAGUGACCUUGCACAGGGCCGUGUUUAGACAAAAAUAAAAUAUUUUCAUAAUAACAUUACUAUAUUUUUAACUUUGAAUAAACUUUGAAUAAAAAAAGCAGGAUUAUUCAAUAAAUUCAAAAUGUUAAGAUAUUAUUGGAUAAGUUUUUCUAAAUUACUUAGUUUUAUCUACACAUUUUAAAAACUUUUUCUUGCAUUAUCAAAAAUAUGUCCUACAUAAAAAUGUAUCAAUAUAUCCAAAAAUAUCAAAAUAUGAAAUCUUCAUAUAUUUUCAAAUGUAUUACAUUGAGGAAAAGCUUUUCAAAUUAUUUCAUAUUUUUAGAUAAUUUAUUUUUUAAAGGAUUUAUCCACAAAAAUGGUGACAGGGUCUAUGGACCUGCAUGCUUAAAGCUUAAUCAUUUGGGCCUGUUAGCCAAGUGUGCCUUUGUAAAGACAUUUUCAGGAGCACUCAUUGGAAUUGAUUUUGUCCGACAAGAAGAAGCAGUCCAAAGAGGUGAUAACUGCCUGUUUAGUGCGUAGAGGAUAAGACCUCACCCUGAAGAAUCAUGAUGAACUCUGGUGCCAGUGGAGAAGAGACGAAUAACGUAACUGGACAGAACUACCCUGUUCCCGUUACAUGAACGAGUACAUUGUUUUUUUUCGUCAUCAGCUAUUAAAAAAGAACAUUAUAGAACUGUAUUGGUUCAGAAAUUAGUAACAUUAUUAUUUUACAAAAUGCUAAAUUUAGGUCACACAAUCCUAUAUAAUUUUUCUUAUAUAAAUAUACAUAUAAUAUAUUAUCAGAUCAUAUCUAACAUAAUAAAUUAUAGCCACGGCUCUUGCCUGCCUUUCCAUUUAAUUCUUUCAUGUCACAUCUCUCUCUUUAGUUUUGCAUUUUUACAUUUUUAAUAUGUUUUGUUUCUCACUUUGCUCAAUCUCCAUAUACUUGCCUUUAAUUCAAAAGAAAAACACAAUAUUAGAGUGAAUGUUUAUCUGAUAUAUAAAUAGAAUGCAUUCUGUAAUCUAUGUUGUUGCUCUACAAAUAAAAAAAAUAAAACAAUGCAUUAUAAUAAUAUCGUUAUAUGCACUAUUACAUUCACUGUAUUAUAACUGUUUCCAGAACAGAAGUGGAGAGAUAAGAAUGUAAAUACUUUGUAACUAAAGUUACAUAAGCUUGGCUCAAAGCCAUGUGUUUGGAGCAUACAAGUGCAUUGACAGGUUAGGAAUGAGCUUCCCAUUUACAGUUAAAUGUUUUGCUUUAAUAUUACUGAAACAAAACAUUGGUCUGGCGGUUUCAAAAUAGUGCUACAUUUAUAGUUAUCUGUCAAGCAGAAGAUACAUUGUUUUUCAUAUUCAAUAUGAAACUAUGGAACUGUAAAAUAUCAACAUUUCUGCAAUAACAGAAGAUGUAUUCCCUAAACACUGUUCUGAAACUCUUUGACUACUUACAAGCAGGGGACCAUAACCACUACAGUGAACCAUAGUGGGUAUAGUACUUGGACUGUUCCUUUAUCUAAUUUACACUUUUUGCAGGAAAAAAAACUUUAAAAUAAUAUUACUAAAUGUACCAGACUUAUUUUAUUAAAGUAACAUUCUACCACUUUAUCACAGCACCACUACCUAGUAUUAAAACUCCUUUUACUGAAUAUGGGACAAAAAGGUUUGGGUGCCAUCUCCACAGUUUAUGUUAAGCCAUGUGUACAUGGCAGAUGAAUGUACAUUGUUAUCACAUACCAAAAAAUACACAUACCUACGGUGUAUAAUAGAAGCUGUAUGCACAAUUCUCAACUUCAAGUCACAGGCAUGUUGAUUUAGUUUCUAAACACUGUUUUCCGUACUUACUCAAAAUCUCUUUAUUUUAUUUUUAAUCUUUUCCUUAACUUGUUGUCCCCACAGCUCAAUUCUGGCAUGAAGGCAACAUUUUGGAAGAGUCCAGUGGCUACAUUCCUGAUAACAGCGGACAACAGCAGACCAGUAUGUGAAAAUGACUGUUAUUAGAAUUAUUUAAGUGAUGAUAUACAGGUUCUGUUUCUUUCUUUCUCUCUCUCUCUCUCUCUCUCUCUCUCUCUCUCUCUCUGUGUGUUAUGUACUUGUAUUUUUGGUACAGCUUAUGAAAAUAAUGCAGUUGGUAUUAUGUUAGUACUAUUAUAUUUAAAACAGUAGGCACCAAAUUAGCUAUGUCUACCACCCUUGUAUAUUAAAAGAUUACUCCAAGAAAAAAACUAGUUUUGGUAAGAGUAACCCAUUGCUGUGCUAGUCCCCGUGGUCAAAGUAAAAAGGAAAAAAAAAGCGCACCUCUGUAUCAGUGUCGAGGCCAGGAUAGCUACACAGCCAGAUACUCUUCCUCCGAUGUCACUUCCCCUAGCUCCACUGGAGGGAUGUAGCAUGAGGAUGGGCUUAGAGGAGAAUGUGUGCACAUCAUUGUCUGUCUGUCACCAGUAUGCUGUGUAUACUCAGGGCCAGUGCAUUCUUAACCCAACCCCCUCCUGUAUCUUUCUUACCCCAGUCCCUUUCUGUGUCUCCUGUUCCCCCAGCUCCUUUCUUUGUCUCUCACAGUCCCUCUGUGUGGCUCUUUUCCCCCCUCAGUCCAUUUUGUGUGUCCCUUCCCUCGAGAUCUCUUUGUGUGUCUUUUCUCCCAAGCCAUAUAGUGCCCUCCUCCCUCUUGUCAUCCCCACCAUCACUCGACACUAAAGGUUUUAAAAUCAUAUGGAUAUUUAGAAGAUGCUGGAUGUCCUCAUGCACAGGGUGCGGAUGUCCAGCAUUAGUUAGGCAACUUUUGGUCACCUAACCACUCGAAAGUCCCUCGGUGGAGUUACCCAUCAAGGUAAUUAUUGCAGUUUCUAGGAAACUGCAAUAAUUACACUUGCAAGUUUAAGGGGACUGGGACACUGCACCCAGACCACUUCAAUGAGGUGAAGUUGUCUGGGUGCCUAUAGUGUCCCUUUAAGCACACACUCUGACAGAUACACAUUGACAGUAACACACACACUCAAUGACAAACACACAGACAUCACUCAUUUGACACACACACAUUCACUGACACACACUCAUUCAUUAACAGAGAGACACACACAAACACCCUGACAGAUACACACUAAUAGUCACACACACUCCAAAUGACAAACAGACUCUCACUGAUUUGACAGACACUCACAAACAUACACUGACAGAAGCACAUACACACAAACAUAUACAUGCAUACACUAACAGAAGCACAAACACUUAUAUACACACAUACAUACAUACACUAACAGAUGUAAAUACACUAAUACACAUACAAUAACAGAAACACAUACGCUAAAAGACAUAAACUAAGAGACAUACACACAUAUACAUGCACUAACAUACACACACACACAUACACUAACAGACAUACACACACAUACACUAACAGACAUGCACACACACAUACAUACAUACAUACACUAACAGACAUACACACACACUAACAGACAUACACACACACACACAUAAACAAACAGACAUAUACAGAUGAUUAAUAUUAUUAAAAUUAACAUUUCCCACCCACCCAGCCUCCCUACCUCUUGGGAAAGCUGGCAUGGAUGUGUCCCUGGGGUCCAGUGGGGCUGCAGUAAGGCAGGCGGCUGUCUCCCUUUCACACGUGGCGAGGGAGCUGUGUCUUCUCUGCUCUGCUCCCUCUCACCAUGCGGGCUGUCUACUGAUGCUGGGAGCCGGAACAUGACAUCAUAUUCUGGCUCCUGGCAUCAACAAACAGUGCGUGAGGGAGCAGAGCAGACACAGCUCCCUCGCCGCGUGUGACAGGGAGACAGCCGCCUGCCGGGGGGGGGGGCAUCAGGUGCUCCCCCCAUGACAGGGGGAACAAAGGGCAUUUGGGGGGGGGCAUUUUUUGCUGCACCCUGGUUAGUGCCUGCAGGGGGAACGGUGCUCCUUCUGUGAAAGAAGUGCAGGAACGCCAUUCCCACGCGUUCCUGCAGGACUCAAGCCCUGCAUACAGAAACAUACAGGCAUACAGAGACAUUCAUACAUGCAUACAGAGACAUAUAUGCAUACAGAGCCAUGCAUACAGAGACAUACAUACAUACAUACAGAGACAUACAUACAAACAUACAGACAUACAGAGACAUACAGGCAUAGAGACAUAUAUGCAUACAGAGCCGUGCAUACAGAGACAUACAUACAUACAGGCGUACAGAGACAUAUAUGCAUACAUACAGGCAUACAUGCAUGCAAAAACAUAAAUGCAUACAGACAUUCAGAGACAUACAUACAUUCACAAUUACAUACCCUACUGUACAGACCCUGGGGUGCAUGCUGUAUGGCUCUGUGGAGUCCUGUCUUGAAGCCCAACCCCAUCACUGGGCACCAGUGAUGUAAUUCAUAUCCCUGCCCCCUCCACACAGCCUGUGGCACUCACCAGGGUAGAAGGCUGGGCUCCGCAGGUGGUAAGACCUGGGCUGCGCUCGGCCAUGCUUCAAGAAGUAACCGGCUGGAGAGGAGUGCACUGCACUUCCCUGCUGCCGGUCAGCCUAACAUUGCGCCCCCAUGGUUGGUGAGCUCCCAGGGUCGGUGUGCCUUAUGGAAGCGCCGGCCCUGUGAAUUCUGAUGAUAGAUGACACAUUUGCACAGAAUUCUAAUUAUUCAGACCAGAACUCAUGAUCCAAUCUUGCUAAUGACCUGAUGUGGUGGAGGUGGAGUUACUCCAACGAACGUGCCAGAGAUGGAGUUACACAUCUGACAGCAGAGGGAUUAAAGAGUAUGUGCAGAAUUUCAUAGGAAAAUGCUGCACAUACAGAAUCCAGGUACCACGAUGAUUUUAAAUCAUAGAAGUGGUCAUGGUGUCUGGAGUAACCCUCUAAUAAAUUAAUAUAAAUUUGAAUGUUCACUCUGAUACACAUAAAAUAUAUGUUAUCUUUACAAACAAACAAACAAACAAAAUGUUUUAUAUUAGUAAUACAUUUGUAGAUAAUAUUACAGUGAGAUGCACCAUGCUAAAUAUAAAGAGGAAAAAGACUAUGGACCAUGAAAGCGAAGACUUUGCUACUGCGUAAGUUAUGUAGCAUUUGCUUUGAUAUGACAUGAAGUUAGGUGUUUGGGGCAUAGCAGGUCUAUUGACGCUAUAAACGAGCUUCACCAUUAAAAUAGCUAAAUACUGUCUUUUAAUUGUAUUGCAAUAAACAUUGAUAUGGCAAAUUUGAAGUUGCAGAUAAACUAAUUUUUAUACUUUUAUGUAAAACUGAAUAAAAGUUUAACAUCUACCAGUAAAAUUAACAACAAAAUAAAAUCAUGUUGGUUAAUUUAAUGAGCAUUGAUUUAAUGUACUAAUAUACAUUUCUUAAAAGUUUGUUAACAUUUUCCUUAUACUUCCUGUCAUUGCAGCUCCAAGUAAUCAUGUUAACAACACCCUGGAGGAAUCUAGUGGCCACUAUUCUGGUGAUGACUCCCAUGAGCACAACAGUAUGUUUAAAUUAUUCCUAUUAUUAUGACUUAUUACUAAGCAAAUGUAUGAUUCAUAAGUUGUAUCAAUACGCAGUCUUAUAUGUGUUAUGUACUUUUAUUUUUGGUAAAGUUGAUAGUAAAUUAUAUAUAUUUGAUAUCGUUUGACUACAGAUUUCUGUAAAUAUUCUUGCUUUUAAAUUAUUUUACUGCAAAAUUUAUUUUAUAUUUAUAUUGAAGAUGACCCUUACAUUUUUAUUUUCAGAGGUUACUGGACCUCCAAGAAUAUCCAUUAUACCACCUAUCUUUACCACUCCAGUUGUUAAAGGUAGGUUGAUCAUUUUUAUAAAAGUUGUAUUACUUUUUUCUACUAAGACUAAAUGGUAUUUUAGGUUUUGCUAAGCUUAUGAUUAUUCAGAUGAUAUGAAUGGUCUAUCGUGUGAGCCAUCUCUCCUGUAGAGUUAUAUUAUGUGUUGCAAGAUAAUUUUAAACAAGAAGAUAUACUAUACAUACCUGGCAACUCUUUCGGUUUGACUAAGGGAUCCAAAAUCUGACAGGUGAUUUCUCUUCUCCGAAUGGGUUACUUGCAUCCAAUUCCUCCUUAACUGAAAAACUGGCAUCUAUCCCUUUUGGCUAUUCAAAUGUUUGUGGCAAGUUUAGCAUUAUUCCUGUGAUCAUGCAAGCGGAAUAUAAAAUCUCAUAUAAAUUACACAUAACGAACUCAAUUCAUGUCAAAGAUAAAUACAAACAGUAUAUUAUUGAUUCCAUUUGAAAACCGGUGUGCCAUUUUGAUUUAAACAUUGACAUUGAUUUUAACAGUGGAAAAUAUUUGCAUACAUUGUAUCUUGAUUCUAUUACAGCAAUCAACAUGGCUCAUAAUAAUAAAGUCUGUAGCACUUGGGGAAACUUCCACUAUAAGAACUUUGACGGAGAUAUAUUCUACUUCCCGGGGACUUGCAACUAUGUUUUCUCAUCCCACUGCAAAAGUGCAUAUGAAGACUUUAACAUCCAGAUUCAACGAUCGGUUGUUGACAGUGUCCCUGUCAUUUCAAUGAUCACAAUGAAGAUUGAUGGGCUUGAUGUACAAAUAAACAGCAGUGAUGUGAAGAUCAAAGGAGAGAAGUAAGUUCUAUUUUACAUACUUUGUGUGAAAUUAAAUUUUUCCAACUUGUAUAUGUUUUUUUUCCCCCACAAAUUAGAACAAAAUUCUUCAAUUGAGUUUGAUAAUUUUUAUUCCUUUUAAAACCAAUAAUGCUUAGUUUUCUCAUACGGGCCUAUGUUGAAUUGUUUUGAAUCAAAAUCAGAAAUAAUUUGAUUAUUUUGAAAUGAUUUCUCUUCAAAUAUUACCAUAGACUUUAAUGAUAACAACUGAAGAUAAAAAAUAUUUAAUAUCACAAAAUGAAAUAAUUUUUGCUCUGAUACAAACUAGUAAGUAAAUUAAGGACAUGGUUACAAAAACGAUUUAAUAGAAUCAUGGUAUCAGUGGCUUUUCCCCCAGCCUAAUGCUACCCCUUCAAUCCAGGAUGAAUUUGUUAAGAUGGAAAAAACUUUUGCAGCGUUUGGGACUCCACAUGUGGUGGCCUACAUCUCCCCCAGAUGUUGCAGUGGGUUUCCCCAACAUUCUCAACAACCCCAUUUUCUUCCCUUAAAUUUUCUCUUUUUUUUUUUUUCUUUUUUUUUUAUUGACUUAGGUUUUACUGUUAUGCGAAAAACUUGAAAAACUGGCACAUGGGCUGACAUUGCAUUGACGUGAACAUUUUCUGUACUGAUGUGUUUUAAAUAAAUGAUGGCAUAACACUUAUUUGCAUACUUAUCUUUUGCAAAGUUGGACAAUAUUAUCAAACUCAAUCUGUUCUUCCCUCCAGAGUUGCAUUGCCAUACAGUAGAGGUGGUGUUAAAAUUGAGAAGAAUCCAAUGUAUCUACAAGUGAGCUCAAUACUUGGACUAGUUCUCAUGUAUAAUCAGGAUGAAAGCUUGUUGGUAAGAAAACAAUGUAAUAUUUGUAGUUGCUGUUAAAGAAAACACUCCAAGUACCAUAACCAUUGUAUUGUGUUGUAGGGGAUGUAGUGACAACAGUGUCCUACUGCCCUACCUCCCCCAUUGUAAAGAGUUUGAGUUCUUACCUGGGGUCAAGCAGAAGGUAGUUGGGGUGAUCAUUGGCACUUAGAGACCCCAAAAAGUUCAAAAAGACUAUAGUAGUUUUGGUGCUUGGAGUGUUCCUUUAAGAAAGGGGAAAAAAACAUGCUUGUCUAAUUAUAGAACUGGUUAUUUUAAAUGCAAGACAAUUAAUUAUAUUUGGUUUUCUCUUGAAUAGCUGGAACUUGAUCAGAAGUAUGCAAAUCACACAUGUGGGUUGUGUGGGGACUACAACAGUUUACCAACCAACAAUGAGUUCAUUUCCAAUGGUUUGUAUAGUUGCAGAUUGGUAGCAAAGUGAUAAUAAAGGUUACAUUACAUGCAACGUGUUAUCAGUGAAGAUCAUUGUAAAGUGUCUCGUUCUAAUUUAGGGGAUAUGCUGUAUGUUAAGUAAUUCAGUCGUUCUUAGGAAGGCACUCUCAUGAAACGGCAAUAAGAGAAAUCUACCAAGGUAUAAUGAUAUAUGUAGCUUAAUCCUAAUAUAACAUUAACCAAACAUCUUAGAUGUUGCUGAACUACAGCAACCAUGAUUAUCUAGGCAUCAACAACAUUCAAAGAAUUCUGGGAACUGCCAAAUUCUAAAGGCGCAGAGCACAGAGUAUGAGAUCCCUAAUCUAAUUAAAUGAGUGAUCACAAAGACAACAAUAAUUAAAACCUUAGGAAACAUGGGAAAACGUUGUACCUCUAUUUGGUUUCCAUUAGAUAUAUUCUUGGAAAAUCCUACAAUAUUCUCGUAUAGAGGUUAAAUGCAAUUGCUGAAUGUACAAAUGUGAGUAAAAAACACUCAAUUCACAAUUAUAAUUUAUGUAUGACUUCAUUAGAAUGUAUAAUGGUGCAAUAUUUGCGUUACGAAAUAUAUAUAUUUAUACGUAUAUUUCCAGAUGUACGAAUCACAGAAACCCAGUUUGGAAACCUACAGAAAAUGGAUGGACCAACAGAGUUCUGUCUGGAUCUUCCAAAUACACCCGAGAGCAAUUGCACAGACCAUGUAAGAAAUACCAUUUAUGGUGAAAUGGCAAAUAUUUUUUAAACAUGUCAACCUUUAAAAAAAAGUUGAGAUUUGCAUCAUUUAGAAUGAUAAUCUCUGCAAUUUGAUUAAUUGCAUUAAAUGUAUUUAUUAAUGCGUAAUGUGAUAUAUAGCCUUUUAAUGCAAGAAAAACUGUAUUUGUUGAAAUGCGCAUGUUAUUAGUGGCGUGUAAUAAGAGGUAAUGGGAUAUUACAGUUUAAAAUAUUCUAUUACUAGUAGAGCAACGUUAUAUUACUAAGUAGAGCAACCUUAGAGAAAGACUGCGAAAACUACCUUUUGCAAUUAAUCAUGAAGCCAGUGGCUUAACCAUCUUAUAGAAACAUAGAAUGUGAUGGCAGAUAAGAACCAUUCGGCCCAUCUAGUCUACCCAAUUUUCUAAAUACUUUCAUUAGUCCCUGGCCUUAUCUCAUGGCCUUAUCUUAUAGCUAGUAUAGUCUUAUGCCUAUCCCACUAUCCCACGCAUGCUUAAACUCCUUUACUGUGUAAAGGAAGGCUAUUCAAUGCAUCCACUACCCUCUCAGUAAAGUAAUACUUCCUGAUAUUAUUUUUAAACCUUUGUCCCUCUAAUUUAAGACUAUGUCCUCUUGUUCUGGUAGUAGUUCUUCUUUUAAAUGUAGUCUCCUCCUUUACUGUGUUGAUCCCCUUUAUGUAUUUAAAUGUUUCUAUCAUAUCCCCCUUGUCUCGUCUUUCCUCCAAGCUAUACAUGUUAAGAUCCUUUAACCUUUCCUGGUAAGUUUUAUCCUGCAAUCCAUGAACCAGUUUAGUAACCCUUCUCUGAACUCUCUCUAAAGUAUCAAUAUCCUUCUGAAGAUACGAUCUCCAGUACUGCGUACAAUACUCCAAGUGAGGUCUCACCAGGGUUCUGUACAAUGGCAUGAGCACUUCCCUCUUUCUACUGCUAAUACCUCUCCCUCUUCGGUAAUGCACUUUUUUUGUGUGUGUUUAAUUGGAUUUCAUUUGCAGUAAAUACACAGUACAGAUACUUGGCGAUACUCUUUUAUGCAUAACAUAUAGCAAUAAAAAGUGCAUAACCAUAUGAAACCUUGACGCAGCACGGAGUCUUAGAAACAUUUUAACAGUUUAAUGCAAUUGAAUAUAUAGUGAUAAUGAAAUUGCAUCACAAGAAAUCUAUUGCGAAAGUCAUAUGCUGUGAUCAUAUUUCCCCUUGGUGAAUACGUAAUGCAAUAAACAAAUGACAUAAUAUAGAUAAUUGAAAUGAAUCACUUAUGAAACGAAAGGAAAAAGAAAGAAAAGCGCAAGAAGAGAAUUUAUUUUGUACCACCAUGUCUCUUGUCAGAAUUUUAUAGUGGUGUAGGUCAUGUUAUAGACUGGGUAAGUUGUCCUUUAAGGUUAGGUUAACCUUGGGGUACUACUUAGAUGGCUCACUCUAGGUGUUGGGAACAAAGGCAACCUUAUCAGUUGGUGGAAGCCUAUCUGUGACACCUUAGUGAGUAAUUCUAUAUAUAUACCUCUACAAAAAACCUGAUAAUCGAGGCAGGCCUGGGUGAAUGAAUGGUCGGUGGGGCAUAGUGCUAAGAAAAAAAUGGAGAGAUUCAGUAUUGCUGGUUCUGGGAGUGUGGGAGUGCGAGGUGAGGCCUGAAGAACAGAGAUGGAGAUGGAUCCGUUAUAUGAAGUUAUUUACAGCCAGGAGGAGCAAAGGACAGGGGGGAGGGGGGAUAGAGUAAACAUUUGUUGUAUAUCAUUGAAAAAUUUACCAACCAAAUUCUAUCACCCAAAAUAUUAAUAACUGUGUUCAUGAAAUAUUGGUUGAAUACAUUAAAUAACAAUAAUAAAAAAACAAUGCAUGAACAGAAAACUAACAGUGGCAAACUACACGUAUAAAUGGUAACAAUUCUAGUCCAGUCCAUGCAGAGAGGGCUUAGGACAAUUGGCCAAAAGCUCUGCAAAAAAAUUUAGGUUACUAUUAAUCAGGGAGGUGGGCCUCUAAUUACAGCAGGCGGUGGGGUCUGUCCCCGGUUUGGGUAUCACCGCUAUCAUCGCAGCAGUUGUUCCAUAGGCAUCUCAUUGAAGGAGUUUAGAAAUUGUUUACCAAGUAGAUUCCCAAAGAUAUAAUAUCGAGCCGUCAGCCCAUCUGGGAAAAGCACAGGACCAGUGAAGGGCUCCUCAAGGGCUUUAGCCAUCUCAGCUGAGAUUUUAUUAAUCAAGUAUUUAGAGAGGUAGUCAAUAAGCUGAAUGUCAUGAAGUGUUUUAUGAAGUAACUGUCUUUGGUGUUUCAGAUUAUCUCUAUGGAUGGUGGUGCUAUCAACGCCUCUGUCCAAUACAAUGUUUCAGUCAACCCCUACCACCACCACCCACUCUGUGAAAGGUUCCAACUUAUUUACACAUGUAAAUAACACAUCAUCAAUCAUCUCUUUCACAAAUAAAAACCUCCCUUGAGUAUCAGUUUUGAGAGUUAUUAGAGUAAAAGCAAUCCUGGAAAAUAAUAAGAUGGACAUAUGACUUACUCUUAUGCUAGUUACUAUAAUAUUAGAGCGCAAUAUCUUUAGAUCAUGAUUUGGGGUCCGAGCCCUCCCUAAAAUGCAUUUCUUGCAAGAAAAAGAUGUCUGCUCGGCUCAUGUCAAUUUCAUGUUUCAAGAUCCUGACUUUCUAAAAAGUGUUCAACCCUCGACAUUGACAUCGUCUUCUGGGAGGCUUAGCGACAGUUGAAAAGGUCUGACAUCAUCCAGCGAUGAGAUGGUCAGUAUCUUGCCUUGGUGAGAGGCCAUCAGCCCAGAAGGAAAAUUGCAUUUGAAUCUGAUGUUGUGGUCAUUUAGGGCCUUGGUAACAGAGAGUAGUGCUCCCCUGGCGGUUAAAGUGGCCUGUGGGAGAUCCUGGUAUGUAAUCACGGUAAAGCCAUCAAAUUAUAUAUUCCUCAAUUACCAGGCCUUCUGGAGAAUAUCUUCAUUCAGGGUAAAAUUAUGAACCCUGCAGAUAAUGUUUCAUGGCCUGUGUCAAGGUAAUGCUUGUUUUCUAAGGGCUCUAUGUGCCCAAUCAAAUUUAAUGUGAGUGUCACCGUCUCGGUUUAAUAUCUGAUUGAACAGCUUAAUUAGGGUGCUUAUGAUGUCUUCCACCCCAAAACCUGUAUAUUCUGGUACACCACCAACACAUAGAUUGUGCCUCCUGCCUCUGUUAUCCAAGUCAUCUAGUUUACAAUCAAAAAGGAACAGAAGCGCUUCAUUGUGUGUUUGCAGGGACUCCUGGACUGCAAUUCUUUGUAAGGCUCCAGCCUCUCCUUCAUUUAGCACAGCCACUCUGGUUCCUAUUUGAUGCACAUCUUUGUAGAGUGUGUGAAGUUUGUCCCAAAAGCUAUUUUCCAGCUUGUACAGCAUAUUUGCAAUGUCAGUCUUAGAAGGUAACUGUGCCUGCAUGGAGGCCUCAUCAGGAGACAUCAUCAGUGGAGGCCUCAGAUAGAGAGGGGCUGGCCGGAGCACUGUUGUGCAGCGCCAUCUUGCCUGUGUCAGACGGGACCACCAUCUCAGUGAAAAAUCUCUGCAGGGAGGAUUUUACUGGCACUGCUGAGGUGGCAGGGGUCAGCACCAUAAUUUCUUGCUUGCCAUGUGUGUGGUCAGGUUCGGGAAGUGCUAAUUAUAGCCCGAAGUACAGCAGAGCUCGGCACUUUUUCUGCUAUCCACUUCAGCUAUUGGGUACUACAAUGUAAAAUGCUAAUUUCAAGUGAGAAUAUAUGAUACCCACUGAAGAAGAUGAAAUGCACUUAAAGAAAAAUAAAUGUUCCACAAAUACUUUCUUUAAUAAUCAUUUGCUGAUUUGUCACUGAAAAUGGUGUGUAAUAAACUUUCCCAUAAAAAUACUUCUAUUUUAGAUGGACUUCUGCAAUGAAAUGUUGUUUGGAACAGCAUUCACAAAUUGCCAUUCUUUGGUGGAUGUUGAAAAAUACAUUGAGGCUUGUGUGAAAGACCUGUGUCUUUGUGAACUAAAUGUGACCAUGCUCUGUUUGUGUGAUACAUUUGCUGAAUACUCAAGACAAUGUGCCCAUGCCGGAGGUCAACCACAGAAUUGGAGAACACCCGAUUUGUGCCGUGAGUGCCCAUUACCUGUCCUACACCAGCAAUGGUCUAGUCAAAUAAUUAUAAAAUAAGUAUGAAAUUCACUUUUUUUCUGAGCAUUAUUAGACACAGUGAAUUAUCUUCCUAACGUAAUGUUCUAUCUAUCUAUCUAUCUAUCUAUCUCUAUUGGAUGUCAUUAUACUUACACAAUAGAUUUCAGUUUCUAGUUUUUUCAUUCUUUCCUCACAGCUAAAAAUUGUCCUUUUAACAUGGAGUACAAAGAAUGUGGUUCACCUUGUGCUGAUACCUGCUCAAAUCCAGACAGGGGUGAUAUUUGUGAAGACCAUUGCUUGGAAGGCUGUUUCUGUCCCCCAGGUACUUUUUUAAAGCAUGUUUCAGAAGAAAGUAUCAAUGUUUAUAGGUAAAAGGUAAAACAAAGGGUCUGAGAUAUUAAAAUACAUUUUAUUUGUGUUACUUCAUAAAACAAGGAAUCAAUCAAUGAUGUGGCUGAAUUGCUUUGACUUAAAUUUGCUCUUAAACUUAACAAUGCAUUUUACAUUAGGAACUGUCUUUGAUGACAUCAGAAAAAAAGGCUGCAUUCCCACUGAAAUGUGCCCUUGCGCUUUUAAGAAAGAUAUAUAUGCCAGUGGAGACUCUUACUCUACAUCUUGUAGUAACUGGUGAGUCUGUAUCUAAUAGCAAGCAAUUUUUAAGAUGUUCCUAAACCUAAUCUAUUUCUUUAAUGUCUAUGUGUUUAAUAACUAUGUGAUUGGUAAUAAAGGGUGUACAGCAUGCUUUGUUCUGCAUUGUUCCCUUGUGGACUCUAAGUUCCCUGUGACAAUCAAUAAUUAUCUGGCUUCUUAUUUUUAUUGUUUGUAUAGCAGACCCUUUAACCAUCAAACUUGUUUAUUUCUCAAACAGGCUUAAUGGAAUUUUAUGUGUGUCUGCACAGUUUUAUAUGAAUAAUUAGCUAGCAAAAAAUAAAAUUGAGGGGCAAACAAAAACCAAAUUAACACUUUUACAGGGCAACAUUUUGCCAUGUGCUCUAAGUACCACCUUUGUCCAUUAGAUCCCAGAAACCCUUUUAGAGCCAGCCCAGGUUUUAUGUUUUUCUGUAUUCACCUGCCUAAGUGUUACUUUCAGAGAAACAGAGAUACAUUUGGGUAAAAAAGAGAUACAUAUAGGUCUAUUUAGUCACAAAUUGCACCACCACAUUGCUGUGUUUAACUAUUUUCUAAUGUUUGUUGGUUAAAGGAGGACUGUUAGCAACCUAACCACAAAGCUUUGUGUAGUGGCUGUUGUCUAGAGUUUGUAGGCACUGCCCUGGUUUUCUGUCAAACUGUUUAGAGUGGUUUGACAAAUAACAUGUCUCUCCAUGGCACCUGGUGAUAGCUUAUUCCCUAACCACAUCAGUAAUACUGAAUUAACACAAUUUUGUCCAACCUGGAUAGUAUCGACUGACCGAUAGUACUGCGUCAAGCUAAAGGUGUUAGCACUAUUUUGCCAUCUUCACUAAUACAGUUUUAAAAAUCCCACAAAAAAAAGUUUUAUGGUUUUACAUUUGGAUUAGUUUAACUUUUUAAAACAUCAACAUAUAGAAUUACGUAUAAAGGGGAUAUUUUAGUCUUUUUUUUUUUUUUAAAGAGGGUCUUAUGGGAGGACAUAUUAUGUCAGAGGUAAGGAUAUGUGUAUGUAUAUAUAUAUAUAUAUAUAUAUAUAUAUAUAUAUAUAUAUAUAUAUACAAUACCAAACAAUUUUGCACUCCAGCUAUCCUUGAAAUGUUGCCUGGUGCUCGGCUGCACAAUAAAUAGAUGAAUGAAAAAAAACAGCACUCUAGGUCUUGCAAAAAAACGUCUCAGGUUUAUUCCAACAAUUAGUCAACGUUUCAGUUCUAUCAGAACUUUCCUCAGGACAUAAAAAUUUUACUGAAACGUUGACUAAUUGUUGGAAUAAACCUGAGAAGUUUUUUUGCAAGACCUAGAGUGCUAGCUUUUUUCAUUCAUAUAUAUGGUCGAUUUUUGUAUACACUUUAUGGAUUAAUAAAGCACCAUUUUUUCAUCUUUAUGAAGACCUGUGAGUGCAUCCCGUUUUUCUGAUUUCCUUAUAUAUUUGACGCCAGUGGAUACAGCACCCAGGCAAGAUAUCUUUAUUGCAAUUAUAAGGAGAGUGCCAAGCUUUCACUUUUUCAAUAUAUAUAUAUAUAUAUAUAUAUAUAUAUAUAAUUUUAUUUAAUAAAAACAUUUUUUUGCGUUCUGCUAUUGAAAGCAGAACAUAUGCGUUUUAAAAGAAAAAUCAGAAAAGCACAUAAAACUACAUAAGUUGUUUCAAUCUCACAGAGAGCUCAUUCAAGAGCACAUGUAUGAUAUUGCCUUUUAGCUUAUGUACGCAUUGCAUAUUUAAUAUCAAAUCAAUCAUUCACUAAUGCUAAAGAGUCCUUUAUGGUUGUAUUUAUUUAAUGCUUACUAAUUUUUUCUUCUAUAUAGUACUUGUUCAGCAGGGAAGUGGUCCUGCAAUAACUUGCCAUGUCCAUCAACCUGCUCCAUUAAAGGUGGAUCUCACAUUACCACUUAUGACCAAACACCGUAUAACAUUUUUGGAGACUGUAACUAUGUGCUGUCUAAGGUAAGGUAACAUAAUUAUAUGAUAAUUCUUUCAAGGUUAUUUACUAAAGUGAGAAUGCAAAGUGAAAGAAAGUGAAUAUUAAAUUUAAAGGGAAACUAUAGUAGUGCCAGGAAAACAAAUUUGUUUUCCUGGCACUAUAGCUUCCCCCUCCGUCAAGCCUCCCCCCUCCUCCCCCUCUCUCGUGGUGCAGAAGAGCUUAAUAACCCCUUCUGUUACUUAACUGGGUCCAGCACAGAUGUCCCUGGGAAACGGUUCAGGUCUGCUUGCAUCAGCAGGGGAACCUAAUGCACAUGCGCGCCUUUGGCCGCGCUCGCAUUAGGAUUUUACCAUAGGAAAGCAUUAUUCAAUGCUUUCCUAUAGGGAUUCCGGUGAUGCUGGAAGUCUUUAUGCAUAGUAAAAGUCACCUAAAGCCCCUGAAGUCCUUUUAGUGGCUGUCAGGUUAACAGCCCCCAGAGGAGGAGUUAACCCUAGCAGGUAAUUAUUGUAUCAGGGUAAAGGGCAAUGAGACACUGCACCCAGACCACUUCAGUGGGCUGGGUGCUUACAGUGUCCUUUUAAGGUCAAAAUAGCUGAACUGGAAAAAAAUCUCUAAGUCCUCGAUGCUUUCAAACAGGCUAUCCUGGCCUUUAAUGGUAUACUCCAGAACCAUGAAGCACUUCAGCUUGCUGAAGUACUUUAUGUGUGUGUUCUCUCUCUUUUUCAUUUUACAAAAAGUGCAGAUUUCAAUAGUACUUGGUACUUUUAGAAAUCAUUUUUUUAAAUCUUUCUGCUGUCAAUCAGAGACCCGUGCUGUUACUUCCUGGUUGUUUAGCUCAGUGAAACUAUACUCAAGAAGCAGGCAAUUAAUCAGAGCACCUGCUUGCAAAGACUUGUCAUUGAGCUGCAUUAGAAAGUCUGUGAUAGGACAGCUUGUACAGUCCUUAGAGAAGAAAAAAUGCAUGCAUGAUUUCAUUGGGGGUUUCUAUAACUUGAAAUUCACUUUGAGUUCUCACGUUAGUAAAUAAACCUGUCAGUGGUACAAAUAAUAAAGUAACAUAGCAAGGGAGAAAAAGAUAUUAGGUAAUAUAACUAAAUGUGUUUGGUCUGUAUAAUAUGUUAUUAUUAUUAUUAUUAUUAUUAUCAUUCUCACACAGGACUGCAAUGGCCAUGAUUUUACUAUUUUGGCAGAGCUGCUUAAAUGUGGUCUUACAGAUACAGAGACCUGCCUUAAGGGCGUUACUUUAAUGCUUAAUGGAGAAAAAACGGUUAGUAUUCAUAAUUAAACUUUGAAAGUUUUGAUUAUAUGUUAUACGUUGUAUAUUAAAAAUAGAAAAGUAAGACAUUAUUUUAUAUGUGAAGAGUACAGAAGUUUGGCCUAAUGGAUAGAUAGCUAGAUAGAUAGAUAGACUUUUAGAUUGUAAGCUCAUGGGCUAUCUAGCUAAGCACUUUGUAUAUAAAAGCUUAAAUGGCUAGAUCUCAGCUUAUGGGCAGGGCCCUCUCUACCUUUUGUAUUUGUCUGUGUAUAUUUUAUGUCCUCCACUAAUUGUACAGCGCUGCGGAAUCUGGCGCUUUAUAAAUACCAGUAAUAAAAUUAAUAGAUAGAUAGAUAUAACAUUUAUUGUGUAGUAUUUUCUUUGCAAAGUUAAAAUUUCAAUAACACAUCCAAAAAAGAUUUUCUAAAAUAUAAUGAUUGAAAUACUUUAUAUUUUAAAAUUGUUUAAUAGAAAUGAAAGCAAGCUUGCUAGAAAUUAAUAUAUAUAUCAGUAUAUCAAUUGCUUAAUUAAUAUGCUAGAAUGAGGCAAUAUUGCCAAAUCAAGGUUUUUUUUUUUUUAGUUAACUAUGUAUAGUGCACCAAUAAAAAAUAAUCAGACUGAAAAUGUUUACCAAAAUAGUUAAACUAUGUAAGUGUUAUCAUUUAAAGGUACACUGUAACACUGUGCCUGCUUAUCUCACUGAAGUGGUUAUAGUGUCUGGAGUACCUUAGCGUCAUCCUUCCAUGAAGCAUUAAAUUGUUUUUAAAGGGACACUAUAGUCACCAGAACAACUACAGCUUAUUUUAUUUGUUCUGGUGAGUAGAAUCAUUCCCUUCAGGCUUUUUGCAGUAAACACUGUCUUGUCAAGGAAAAUACAGUGUUUACAUUAUAGCCUAGUGGUAACUCCGCUGGCCACUCCUCAGAUGGCUACUAGAGGUGCUUCCUGGGGCAGUGCUGCACGCUGUGCAGUACUGCCAUUCAGUGUCUCCACCCUCUACAUGGAGACACUGAACUUUUAUCAUAUACAUGAAUUGAUUCAAUAUAUCUCUGUGAGGAGAUGCUGAUUGGCCAGGGCUAUGUUUGACUUGUGCUAGCUCUGCCCCUGAUCUGCCUCAUUGACAGUAUCAGCCAAUCCUAUGGGGAAGCAGUGUGAUUGGCUCAGACCACCGCUUAUGAUAAUGUCCACAGACAGCCGGCAGAUCAGGUGCAGUGGCAGCAGCUGCAGACUUGAAUACAAGUAAGAUUUUACUAUAUUUAGGGAGGGCCAGGGGACAAGAUGCUGGUUUCAACACUAUAAAUUCAGGAAAACAUGUUUGGGCUAUAAGAAAGCAUCUGACCACUUUCAGCCUAUUAACCAAUUUGUAUUGAUGAUACAAAUUGGUUUGACUAGAAAGAAGUAUAUAAUCUCCGCCUUUGCAACGCUUCCAGUAGGAUGAAUAGAGACCCUUAUUUAGUGUUAAACUGUUCAAAAAGUUUUUAAUAUUGAAUGAAUGCACCAGAGGAUUCCAGGCACUAUAACCAAUUAAUUGAGAUGAAACAGUUAUACUGCUUACAGUGUCCCUUUAAUCAUCUUGAGCCAUAUUAUCGCAAACAGGCUCUCCGUUAUCAAACUCAAUGUUAUGCAAUUGAUAUCGUAAUACUUCUGUUGUGGCCAUGGGAGGAUUAUUGAUAAAACGUGUUAGAUAGUUUUGUAGAAUAUUAAAAAGCUGUGUUAAGAAAAAAAGUUUUACUCCGCUUUUAUUAAUAUCACUAGAUAUAGAAAACCUACCUUAGUACUUUCAGUAACUAAGGACAUUAUGUUCGUGUGUUGCUACAUUUUCUCAUUUAGUUUAUUUUAAAAUGUUUUUUUGUUUUGUGUUUUAACUUAGCCAAAAUAUAUUUAAUCAAGUCUGUCUUCAAAUAAUAAAACAUUUGGGGUUUUUAUCUAAAUGUUCUUCUUUUGGUUUGUCUUAAAAUAUAUGUAAAUCUUUUUUAUAUAAAUGGUUAUACACGUCAAUGGUAAAUGCAUGUGCAUUUUUCAUUGUCAUGCCAUAUCUCAUUCCAAAUUUCAUUUCUCCAUCAGAUUGUUGUAAUCAAACCAUGUGGAAGUGUGUAUGUGAACAAUAUCUACACACAACUGCCUUUUUCUGCAGGUAUUCAUCUUUUCAUAAUUUGUAAACUAGUUUUAGAGUAUUAUACUUUAAGUGAUUGAUGCAGCAAAUACAAUUUCCAUCAAAUGUUAGGGUAUUUUGCCCAUCUCUAUUCCCACCCAACCCAAAAACCUUAUCACCAGUCUUUGGCCUACACAAAAGUGUAGGACAUCUUAUUCCCAUUCAUUAUACAGUUGCAAGAAAAAGUAUGUGAACCCCUUGAAAUGAUAUGGAUUUCUGCACAAAUUGGUCAUAAAAUGUGAUCUCAUCAUCAUUUAAGUCACAACAAUAGACAAUCACAGUCUGCUUAAACUAAUAACACACAAAGAAUGAAAUGUUGCCAUGGUUUUAUUGAACACACCAUGUAAACAUUCACAGUGCAGGUGUCUAUUGUUGUGACUUAGAUGAUGAUCAGAUCACAUUUUAUGACCAAUUUGUGCAGAAAUCCAUAUCAUUCCAAAGGGUUCACAUACUUUUUCUUGCAACUGUAGAUCAGCAUAGAAGUGAUAUCGAAGCCAAAGGAGCACCAGGAGAGAGCAAUAUCUCGUAGACCGAGAUUACGGAGGAUGAGAAGAAACUGUUGAUGAUCAACAGUAUCAAAAGCAGUGGAAAGGUCAAGGAGAAUUAGGAUAGAAUAGUGACCAUGAGAUUUUGCAUGGAGUAGAUCGUUUUAUACUUUGUCAGAGCCGUUCCCAGAGUGCUGAGCGCAAGAAACCAGAUUGAAGUGGGUCGAGCAGAGAGUUGGACUUGAGGAAUUCUGUCAAUCUCACAUACACAAGUCUUUCAAGGAUCUUUGACGCAAAAGGCAGUAGCGAGACAAACAGAGCUGUAUGUAUAUGUUGUUUACAAAUUAGUUUUAUAUUUCAUUUAGCCUAAUUAUUCUACCUUUAAUUCCAGCCAACAUCACCAUCUUCAGACCAACCUCAUUCUACAUUGUCCUUGAGACUAAUUUGGGAAUCCAGAUAAUGGUUCAACUCAUUCCUUUAAUGCAGGUCUACGUGACCCUAGACCCUUCUUUAAAGACUAAAACAUGCGGUAAGAAUACUUUAUUUGAGUCCAUCCUUUUUUCCAUAUAAAGUCCUUGUUGUAGGUAAUUUAAAACCAUAUUGUAUUAUUUUAGGUCUCUGUGGAAACUUCAAUGACAAGCAGACUGAUGAUUUUCAGACCAUUAAUGGUGUAAUAGAGGGAACUGCUGCAUCCUUUGCAAAUACAUGGAAGACCCAAGCAUCCUGUCCAAACAUCAAGAAUAUUUAUGAAGAUCCAUGUUCUCUCAGUGUAGAAAAUGGUAAUUUACAAACUGAAGAAGAUUUACUUUGUUAUUAAUUAAUGUGUUAUCUUUUCACAAUGCUUGCACAUAUUCACCUGCAAUUAUGAAAUUAAUGUCCUCAUUCAGAAAUAUUGGUAAGUAGUGUCAAAUGUGGCAUCCAACUAAAGCCUCAGUUCAUUUUCAUUAAACUGUAAAAAAAAAAAAAAGUUUCAAAUGAUUUAUCUAGAGAAGUCUAUGGGGAUUGUUUUUAGAUAAUCCAAGUGUGAUCAUUGUGAUAACUGUAAUAACUUGAUAAGCUUAUCUAAAAAUAUUAAAUCAAGGUCUAGGUUUCGGAGCUACUUUAAAUCAAGGCCUACGUUUUGGAUCUACUUUAUACACAUUGAAUAAAACAUUCUCCAACAUUUUGUAUAUCUGAAAAAUAGAUCUAUUUAUUUAUGGUAUUUCCUUUUAAACAGAGAUCUAUGCCCAGCACUGGUGUGCUCUUCUUGAUGAUCCGGCAGGUCCGUUUGCUGAUUGCCACUCCCAUGUGAAUCCUGAUGUUUACAUUCAUGUAAGUAAAAUACACUUUUGAUAACAUCAGGAAUGCCCGGAAUAUAAUUGUAUUUGUAUUUUAAAAAAAAUAUUUAAUCAAUAAUGGGAAAUCGGCUUCCAAUCUGAAUUUUUGUCACCAAAAAUUUACUUUAUCUUAUCUGCUCCUAAAUAGCUCACUGUGUCUAAAUUGUUGUUUUGUUUUUUUCCUGAGUAUAAGACAUUUAAAAGUCAAGUUGCCAAAAUGCAACAAGCUAAAUCAAGGUUCUGUACAGUUGCCAAUCACAUUUACCCACAUCCCAUCAGCAAUCUUACAGAAGGUCACACAAGAGGCAAUGGGCAGAGCAGACAUGAUGGGCAGAGGAGAACAAAAUGGUCGGGCCAGAUUAUAAGAACCAGCAUAAGUGAGAAGAUAUAAUAAAUAUAUAAAAUAAGGCGAAUGGUAAUUUGGGAGGUUAAUCAAUAAGAUACAAAAGGCAUAAUGAAAGGAAAACUAAAAGAAACAAAGGACAGAGCUAUGUUAAUAUCAUGAAACCUGACAUUUAGGAUUUGCUCUCAAAUGUUGAUGUUAGAUAACUAUAAUCUUUAUUUUUAGUUUGAAAGAAGUAAAAGCUAUUUUCUCUUUCUUAGAACUGUGUGUUUGAUACCUGCAAUUGUAAGAAAAGUGAAGACUGCAUGUGCGCUGCUCUAUCCUCAUAUGUCCAUGCAUGCGCUGCCAAAGGAAUCAUACUUACCGGAUGGAGAUCCAAUGUCUGUUGUAAGUAAAGGGAAUUAUAAAGUUUAUAAUUUUAUGUGUUUCUUUGUACCAUAUUUAAUGUGGAAAUCCAUUCAGAAGGCUCACCUCUAGAUUGAUAUUCUGAAAGAACAAUAUAGAUAACUAAUGUAAUGUCCUUAAUUUUAUAUCAUUUGAUAUCUGUUUGUCUGAACACAAACUUUUUAAGAAAAAGAAAAGUUUGAUACAUAACUUUAAACUUUCUUUUCCUAGCUCAAUACAUGAACACCUGCCCAAAAACAUUAAACUACACCUACUCUGUUACAACCUGCCAACCCACAUGUCGCUCACUCAGUGAACCUGAUGUUACCUGCAAUAUACAAUUUGUUCCUGUGGACGGCUGUACCUGCACUGAGGGUUACUACAUAGAUGACAGUGGUAAAUGCAUAUCGGCUGCUGCUUGCCCGUGUUACUACCGGGGCUCUGUUGUACCUUCGGGAGAAGUUGUGCAUGACAAUGGAAUUCAGUGGUGAGUAGAUACGAAAAUUACAAUGUUAAACUAUGUGCUUAACUGGCUGAUAUAAAGAAAAAAACAAGUGCUGCUAAUAAACCCCAUACAUUGGCUUUUAAAAUUAUUUAAUAUUAUACAAAAUAUAAUUUAAUUAUUUGGAUAUUUUUGGCAUAUUGAUUUAUUAUAUAUACCAGGUUCCCCUGUGGUUAUGGUAUCUGCACAUGUCCCAUGUCUUCUAUAUGGCCCUCUGGUAUUUCAUUCCCUGCAGCCCUGAUCAUUACCCAUUCUUGAUUAUCAGUCACAUCAGCAUAUCUAGUCCAAACAGCAAUACAAUGCUUCUUCUGUAUAACUUAGUUAGGUGGAACAUUAUUGGCAUACAGCUUGAUGCCAUCCAUGUAGAGGAUGUGGAUGAUUGUAGCUCCGCUCUUGAACCUGUAUCCAUGUCCAUCCUUGAUGAUCUGACUUAGGCGGUUAAGGCCUGUAAAGAACAGUAUCGACUUGGUAAAUGCCACAUUUCAUGUGUGCUUGAGUGAUUGCCCUUCUGUACAUUUCUAGUGUUGUUAUCCACUUGCCCAUAUAUAUAUUAUAUUUUAAUAUUUUGAAAAAACAACAACUUUAAAAGUGUAUCUAAAAAUCUAAAAUGAUUAGGAAAGCUUUAGCAAAAAUAUUAAAUUGAAGCCAUUGUUAGCUAAAAAGAUAUUAGAUUAUGUAUUCCAUUGAAGAAAAAAAGAAAAGAAAAGAAGAAUCAUCUGUUUACAGUAAAUUAAUAUCUGUUUAAUCUUUGUCCAAUAAGGCGUAAUACGGUUUCCUUGCAGAGCUAAGUGCUUAAAAUAUUAAACAUCCUGAACAGUAUCAAUUUAUUUAGCUCUAAAUAUUUCAUUUUGCAAACAUGCACUGUUUUUUAAAUGGGUAAACUCCCAGGAAGCAAAUGAAGCAUCCAUAUGUUUUAUAAUUUAUUAUUGUACUUUUUUUUUACAGCACAUGUAACCAGGGGGCGUUGAGCUGUAUUGGAGCUCCAGGGAAAGGUAAUUUAAAAAUGUCCUUUUUUUAACAAGAAUUAAAUUUCUGUUAUAAUGUUACCUGCAUAGCAUUUUUUUUAUAUUUAUAAUAAUAAAUCCAAUCACCCUUCUGUGUCUCCUUCCUAGAGUGCCCAGAUCAAAUGAUUUAUUUUGACUGCAAAACUGCAUCCUUUGGCACAAGAGGAGCUGAAUGUCAGAAGAGUUGCCAAACAUUGGAUAUGGAAUGUGUAAGCGUUUUACUUGUAGACUAGGAGACUAGGCUUCUCAUGUGCACUUUUAACUUAAUUUCUAGUUCCUCAUUUUAGUAUUUUUUCACCUUCCUUUGUUCUCUAUUGUUAAUUGCAUGGUCACUGGAUAUUGCAUCAUCCACAACCACUGCAAUAUCCCAUUGAUGUCCACUACUAUGAUCUCUGGCUGCUUGUCCAGUACUUGUUUGUCCAUUUAGAUUUGGGAUACCCACAAGAUCUUAGCCCUGUCCUUCACAACUACCAUUUGUGACACAUUUCAUCUAGACCUGCGUCCAGACCAUAUUCAGUGAAGAUGUUUCUAUUCAAAUGUUUUGCACAGUGGUUGUGCUUCACAGUACAUCUGUCCUUUCUAGCACAUUACACAUGGCUAUAUAUGCUGGAUUGUCUUUGAGACCUCUUUGCACAGAUUGCACCAUGGGUCCUAAUUAUUAUGAUAAACCCCCAUGCAGGGCUGGCGCUACCAUAAGGCGGCACAAGCGGCCGCCUUAGUACGCACCAACCCGAGGGAUGCAAAAAUGUUUGAGAGACUGGUGGGAGCACGCAGAACUCGGCUCUCGCCGGUCACUUUCUGCAAAAAUGUACUCAGCUGGCUGUGUGUUUGGGGUUCAGCCACUGAGGGAGAUGGGUGGAGCAGUGAAGAUCGACCGCAGCCAAUCUCUUCAUGAGCUAAAGGCACAUCAUAUCCCAGCGGCAGGGCCAGACAUGCCCAGGCAUGCCCACUGGGAUCCUGAGAAAUUUCAGGCUGCACUGCUCAAUUACAAGGUGACCGGCAGGAGGGGAUGCGCUCGCCUCCUGCUGGUCACAGAAUGUAGCAUAGCCAAGCAGGCAGACUGUGGUAGAGGAGCUUCUGUUCCCCUACCUGGUCUGACAGGAAGUGCUCACAGAGAGCACUGCUUCCUGUCAGACCGGGUACAGUGAGCAGGAGCUCCUCCACCACGGUCUGCCUGCUCAGUCACGCUACACCAUGGUACAGGGAGAGAUGGGGAGGGAGGAAACUAAUGGGACACAGGGAGAGCUGGGGGGACUAAUGGGACACAGGUAGAGCUGGGGCGUACAGGCUGAAAGGGCAGGAACACUAACACACCAAAAUGUGGGGAUGCUGGGCAAACUUGUCUUCCCCUUGAGACACAGACACCAGGACAGGUGCAAGACACUAUAAAACACACUGACACAUUUCCUUAAUGACAGAUAGCUGCAUACCUCCUCAGAGGGGGCUUAUAAGAUAUGCAACGAUUCUAUAUCUAUAUGUAUGCCCACAAAGGGGUUUUAUAACUUCAAGGGCAUAACCAUAAUGGCUCGCAGGCCCUGUUCCACAACCCCCCUCUCAGGGUCAUGUACAGACAUAUAGUCAAAUGCGACAUUAUGCCUGCUUAAAAUAACAAGUUCAUAUAAGAGCACACAAUUACCACAUGGAUAUUUUAGGCAGAUAACCCAGUACAGAGAUGAAACUAGCUCCACUCCAUUUCAGCAACAGGGCAUUAGGCACAAAACAAUGGUUAAAGCCUCAUCCUGCACUCAUACAUUGAGGAGAGAGAACACGUAGAACAUGUAUAUAUGAUAACGAGAUUGGGCGACUGCUAAGAUUGAAACGGCCCCCAAGCUAUGGAACAGCGGCACAGUGCAGCACUAGUCAUUGCUGUUGUGCAUCAGGAGGGCUCUUCUUCUUACUAUGCCAACCCAAGGUACUGGAGCACAAUAUCUGUAUAGAGUGGACCUUUGUAAGGCAAAAUGGGUAUCCCAACUUCAACCAACCCCCCCAGAACCGUUCACACACACAGGUUAUGCCAUGCUGAUGACACAAUGUGUAAUGUACAAUCUUUAUACAGGCUGCAUACGAACUGUGAUUUAUGCUAACUGCGAUUUAUCCUUGUUUGCCCUAUGUGACAGCUCUGCACAUGGCGAUUUCACCUAAAUGUUCAUUGGUGAUACAAUGUGUCCCACCUCCCCACUUUUUUUCUUUUCUGUACCCCCUUUUGAUGUUCAUAUAAUCUAUGAUAAUCUCAAUAAAAACAAGAAAUUGGGGGGGGAAAGGACAACGUUCUUUAUAUCAUGUGUGUAUAUAUAUAUAUAUAUAUAUAUAUAUAUAUUUAUAUAUAUGGGAUAUUUUUGUCUUACUAGAGUAAUAUUCAGAUUUCAUUCUGAGUGUCUGAUAUGUCUUUUCAAAUGUUGUUUUCUAUAGUACAGCACCACAUGUGUCUCUGGCUGUGUGUGUCCUGAAGGGUUGGUGUUAGAUAGAAACGGAUAUUGCAUUGCAGAAGAGAAUUGCCCUUGCAUUCACAAUGAGGGCACUUAUCCACCAGGGGAUACAAUCAAAAUAAAAUGCAACAACUGGUAUGUUUUAUUAUGCUAAAUAAUCUGAAUUAAUAAAGUAAUAUUAUAUAUUGUAUAUAAUAUGUAUGUAUUUACCCUGCAAUGUAGCUGUCUCCUGUUGCUUCUGUUGUUUUGUAAAUGGCUGUAAUUGGAUCACUACAACAAUGCAGUUGGGUAUACUAGAAUGUAAGAAUGUAAGCUCAUUGAGCAGGGCCCUCCACCUCUCUGUUCCUGUACGUCCAGUUGUCUGGUUACAAUUACAUGUCUGUUUGUCCACCCAUUGUACAGCACUAUGGAAUCUGAUGGCGCUAUAUAAAUAAUAAAAUAAUAAUAAUAAUGUAACAACUGCUUUUUGUAAAGGUAUAGAGAGUACAAUUACAUUGUCCUACCAUCAGCUGGACUGUGGGAGGCAUGUGUUUCUCAUGCUCUGUUCCUCCUUUUGUUUUUUUUCAACUCGCAGUUUCAGUUAUCUGAAUUUAUUUUCCCAUGGACAUAAUUGAACAAUGAGUAUGUUUUGUUCUUUUUCAUCAGCUAGUUGGCAUUAUUUGUCCAUGUAAUUUGAUAUGGACUUAUCUUGUGAAUUUCAUCCCUUAAAAUAGGGGUCUCUGUUUUGGCAUACUCAAUUUAAGCUUUUCAAAUGAUUUAAUGUUUUCGGAUAACAUUUUAAUAUAUAUAUAUAUUUUUCACAAUAUUAAAAUAUCAAAAAUAUACCAUACAUAAAAAUAUAGUAAAAUAUUAAAACACUUUUCAAAAUUAUUAAAUAAUUUGAAAAGCUUAUUGAAAAAUAUUAAGCCAAGGCCUAGGUAAGCAAACAAUGCAAACCAGUGCUAUUUUAUAGUGCCAAUGUGUGAUCAUUUCCAUUAGUUACCUUAUUUUUAUGAGGAAUAUGUGAAAUGUAUACAAUUAAAAAUAUUAAAAUAUGGAUAAAUGUAUACAAAAAGAAUAUGUAAUUUAAAAAAAUUCUUCUUUGCUCAAAAGUCAUAUCUGUAAUAUCUUUUGGAAAAAACUGUGCAAAAUAGUUUCUAAAUAAUAUGUCUAAUUCUAUGUUUCCUCCAAAGUACUUGCAAAGGCAGGAUGUGGGAAUGUACCAAUGAACCAUGCCUUGGAACUUGCACUGUUUAUGGUGAUGGCCACUAUAUCACUUUUGAUGGAAAACGCUACAGUUUUAAUGGAGAUUGUGAAUAUACACUUGCUGAGGUAUAACAUUAAAAAAAAAUCAUAUUUUAGGGAGUGUGUCGAUUCAUAGAUGUAAAAAGCUUAAUACAGACUUUGAAACUUUUUUUCUGAACUCCUAUUUUUUUUCAGGAUCACUGUGGUAAAGGUGAGAGCACUUUCCGGGUUAUCACUGAAAACAUUCCAUGUGGAACCACUGGUACAACUUGCUCUAAAGCAAUCAAGGUCUUCCUCCAUGUAAGCAAAACUAAUUAUAUGCUCAUAAGGUUGGCAAUAUAUAAUUUAGCUUACAUAAACUUUGAUUUCAUAUUUUUUAAAACAUUUUUAAACUGACUUAAUAUUUUGGAACUAUUUUACUAUUGUAUGUUAUAUGUCAAUAUAUUGUUCAAUUUUUUUUGAUAUUUUAAUAUUUACAAAAUAAUAAUUUUAAAAGUUUAUACAAACUUAAAAAUAUUUGAAAAGCUUUUCCAAAAAUAUUAAAUUUGUAUAUAAUUGUUAUUUGUAUAUUUAAUUGCCCAGAUGGUCAUGUAAAAACUAUUUGAAUAUAAUAAUUUUUUUGAUCUCCGAUUAAACAAGUAUAUUUUAUUGCAUUGAAAUGGGGUAAUAUUCUUUUCUAAUCUCAAAGAAUCAAAAGGUUGUUCAUUUGUGUUCUAAAAGUGUCCUUCUAAUUGCCAUAAUCUAUAUUCAAAACAUUAAAUACUAGCCAAAUCCUGAAAAUUUCUUAAGAACUCCCUUGUGAAAUAUAAUGGCUAAAUCACAGAUUCACCCCUUUUUUGUCACUCGGCACUGCUAAUUAUCAUUCUCAAGAACUUUUCAAAAGCACACCAUCUUUAUGAAGCAGCCUACCUAGUUCAAUUACACUUCAGUCCUUUAAGAAAUCUUUCAAGGCUUAACAUUGUAGUAAAGCUUUCUAUUUCUCUUAGCAACUUAGAAAAAGUUCUAAAUGAUUUUUCUAGAAAAACUCCCAUAAACUUUAAGAGAGACUUCUGAAAUAAAUCAUUUGGAGUGUUUUUUUUUGUAAAAAUAUUGAAUAAUUUGGGAUGCUUAUUAAAUUGAGGCCAUAGUCCCUUCCACUCUAUAACUUCCCCCCAUACUUCUUCUUUUAUCACUUAAAAUGAUUUACACAUAACAAUCUAAUCCCCUUUUGAAAAAAAAAAGAAUAUAUUUUUUUUUUAUUGUGCUAUCACGGCAUCAGGGGGGUACAGUCCGGGCCCCAUACUCUGGCUGUGCACAUACAUAUAACAAGUAUCCCUAUAUAUACGGUAUAUAUAUAUAUAUAUAUAUAUAUAUAUAUAUGCAAGCAUGUAUAGUGAUGAAGGGGCCCAGGAGACUCUAACUUACACAUAUGGCAGAGCAUUGCCAUGUGUUACCACAGCAACACUUUGAUGCUGCACACAUGCUGGGGCUCACAAGAGAGAGAGGACCUGCCACUUGUCGGAGGUGUAAGAUGGAGUCACUUGGGCCCACUCUACAGUAUAGAAGCCAGCACACUUACUGCACCACUGGACUACCAAGAAAUGCAAUGUCCCCCUUCCCUGGCCACAGGUAAGGUGCAGAGAGAGAAAAUAAAUUAUCCUACCCCACAAAUGCACACACACACUACAUCCACUACACAAACACACAUUGCAGUCACUACACAAAUACACACUGCAUCUACUAAACAUCCUCUUUACACAGAUACACACUACAUCCACUUAACAUGCACACUGCAUUCACUAUACACAUACAUAAUACAACUACUUUAUGCACAAAUACACACACUGUAUGCACUUUACACACACUGUUUCCAUUAUGCAUAAACACUGCAUUCACCAUACACACAAUACAUCCACUUUACUCACACAUACACUGCAUCUGUUAUAGAUGCAUCUAUUACACACUGCAUCCAUUUCACACACUGUGCAUAAACUGAACACACAAACACUGCAUCCUUGUGGGUGGACAUGGGUGGGCCCUCUGGGGGACUCAGGGGUGGACCCUGUGAGCAGAAUCAGGGGUGGAUCCCCCAUGCCUAGGCCUUGAGCUGUGUAAGAUGCUCCAAAUUUUCUGAUGGUAGCCCUAUGUGUUAUUAUACCUCACCUAAUCUAAAUUGUAAGUUUGUUUCAGCAGGGCCCUCUUCAACUUUUGCUCUAACAAUAGGAAAAUAUGUUGUUGCUAUAUAAGUAAUGAUAACAAUUCUAUAUUCCUAUUUAGAGUUAUGAGAUAAUCCUUACCAAUAAGAAAGUUGAAGUUGUUGAACGAGGUUUUGAAGGUAAAGUUCCUUACAAAGUUAGGCACAUGGGUAUCUAUCUUGUCAUUGAGGCUGACAAUGGACUUAUCUUAAUGUGGGAUCAAAGGACAAGUAUUUUCAUCAAGCUCAGCAGCAAUUAUGAGGUAAGCAGAGUGUGAGUAAUAUUGAUCUGCAAAAAUAUGACGAGUUUGAAAAUCCAAAGAGAUUUUCUUCUAUGUAAAAUUACAUAAAAUAGCAUCCAUCCUUCAAACUGGCAAUGUCUGCAUAUGUUAGUAUACUGAAAAUACGUAAAUAUUGUGUAAAAAAAAAUACAUUAUAUACAAAUGAUUCAGAAUAUUCUGCUUGUAGCAUGUGUCAAUUGCUUUUUUCCAUUAAAGUCAUGUUUUGCAAUCUGUAUAUAUUUACACAGGACUUAUAUAAUUAAGAUCAGGACACACUUACAUUUGUGAAAUUUUUAAUCCUGAGCUAGAAGGUAACUUUUAAGGACAUCAAGAACACCUAAAUCCACAUGAAAUAAAUUACGGAGUUAUAUGCUGUCCCGCAUUCAAUGGACAUUAAAGCCAUUGUGGCGGCAUUGAACACCAUAACAGCUUUUAGCCCUAGAGCCGCCGGGAUACCUAACUUCCCGGCGCUCCCAGGAGGACUGCCUGACAGCCCAGGCAGUCCUCCGAUGGCAAAUGAGGCCCCUGUAAUCCUAAUGUAAUUUCUCACACUUUUUUAGAUUAUAUUCAUAAUAAAUUAUUAUGUAUGUAUAAAUAGUUGAUGUGAAAUAAAAGCCCUGUUUCUCCUGAACAAAAUUAUAUAUAAUAAGUGUGAGUGCACUUAAUAUGAAAGAGGUGAAUUACGAUUGAACAGACAUAAAGCGUAAAUUCCAGUUUUUGUUUACAUUUUAUUUUGAUUAGAAUGAUUGCUAAAAAAAAACAAAAUCAUAAAGUUCACACCUAAUGAGUUUGCAUUGAUGCCUUAACAUGAAAAACUUCAAAGAUUUUUAAAGUUUAAUUCACCAGUUUAGACCUUUGAACUCAAGUUUGCUAGGCUGUGUCCAAACAUUUAAUUUUGGUAAAAGUUAGAGCUUAGUAAAUACAGCAAUCUAUAUAUAUAUAUAUAUAUAUAUAUAUAUAUAUAUAUUAUAUAUAUAUAUAUAUUAUAUAUAUAUAUUUAAGUUUACAUCAUACCUCUAUUAAAGUUCUAAUUUAUUACAAAAACAAGAGGUUAAUGACUAUUAAAAAUAAUUUAAUAUAUCAUGUCAUUAGGGUGAUUAAAUUAACUUGGUAUAUUUUAUUCUAAGGGGACUGUGUGUGGUCUCUGUGGUAAUUAUGAUGGAGAUAGGAACAAUGACUUUACCACCAGGAGUAUGUCUGUUGUUGAAGAUGUAAUUGAGUUUGGCAACAGCUGGAAAUUCUCCCCAACAUGUCCUGAUGCCAAAGUACCCAAAGAUGCAUGCUCAGCUAACCCAUACAGGAAAUCAUGGGCUCAGAAACAGUGCAGUAUCAUCAACAGUCUAACGUUUUCUGCCUGCCACCCUCAGGUGUGUAUUUUUAUUCUUUGGCAUGCUGCAGAUAACUAAAACUGGUCAAAAUAAAGGUUCUUUAUUUUAUCAGUUUUAUAAGUAUUUUUUCAUAGUUUGUAUAUAUGGUGAUAUGUUCCGGAAUAACAACUCUCUGUAUUUGGACAGGUUGAUCCAUCAAUGUACUAUGAUGCUUGUGUUACUGACUCAUGUGCUUGUGACACUGGUGGAGACUGUGAGUGUUUCUGUACAGCUGUUGCUGCGUAUGCAAAGGCAUGUGGAGAAUCUGGUGUCUGCAUUUCCUGGAGAACCCCAGAUAUCUGUCGUGAGUAUCUCAUAAGAGUUUUUUUUUUAUAUAUUCCUCCAUUUUACAUAAUCCUAGAUUAACAUCUUAUUGAAAACUUAUAGUUAAAGAAAUCCGUCACACUGAUUAAUUUUGACUAUAUUUUUGUAAACUUUUUUCUUUUUCUGUAGCUGUAUUUUGUGAUUACUAUAAUCCAGAAGGAGAAUGUGAUUGGCACUACAAACCAUGUGGGCCUCCAUGCAUGAAGACCUACUGUAAUCCAAGUGGGACAUGCCUUCAUGAGCUCUUGGGUUUAGAAGGUAACAAAUCAUAAUUAUAUUAUGUACUACUUGUUUUUUAUGGCAUGUUCUAUCUCUAAAAAUCUCAUGGUCCUUAUUUCUGUGUCUUUUUUGUUACUGUCAACUAUAAAACUGAAUAGUUUUCAUUUUGUUCAUAUUUAAAACUACUUAAAAUUAUGCACCUUUCCAAAUAGGUUGUUAUCCCAGUUGUCCAGAAAGUAAACCAUAUUUUAAGGAGGAUGAAAUGAAAUGCGUCGAACAACAUGGCUGCGGUGAUGAUGACGGCAAUUGCUACACAAUUGGGUCUCCAGUACCCACCAAGACCAACUGUCAGUCCUGGUAAGACACAUGACUGCAUUUCUAUUAAAGAUAGAAUUAUAUUUUCUGUAUUGGACAUUUUAUGAUAUAAGCAGAGUUUUUGUUUAUUAAAAGUUAUUUUUUUUUAUAAUUUAUUUUGCAUUUCCCAUGUUCUUAAAGGAACAUUCCCAACCUGUAAAGCACUUCACGGGAAAUGGAGUUCAUAGAAUGUCCCCCUUUCUUUCUCACUUCAUAAAAGUGCUGAUUUCAAGAGAAAGUAAAACUUGUAUUAAGUUUCUGGGUUGCACCCAGGCUGCCACCAUGUAAUGGCAAUCAUGAUGGUUGUCAUGGGCCCAGAAAUCCUGGGGAGUCCCAGGCCCCACAUUCCUUAUGAGCACAUAAAUAUAGUGAAUGUCACUAUACACAUGUGCACCUUUAGGCCCCUGGCUACCUGUAGGAGAGGGGCCCAGCACACUUAAAUAUCUUCACUUUACAGCAGCUCUUCUCUGUGUCUCUCUAACUCUCUUAAGCCUUUCUCAAGCUUUCUUAAACACUACAUCCACUACACAAACACACACUCUGCAUUCACUUUACACAUACAACAUUUACUAUACAAACACACGCUCUGCAUCUACUACACAAAUACUACAUCCAUUACACAAGCACACACUCUGCAUCCACUACACAGACACUGCAUUCACUACACACACUGCAUCUAAUAUACACAAGCAUUACAUCCAAUACACAAAUACAAACUCAGCAUUCACUAUACACACGCUAGAUCCACUACACAAAUACAUACUCUGCAUUCACUAUACAUACACUAUAUCCACUACACAAAUACACACUAUGAAUUUACUAUACACACACUAUACAUUUACUACACAAACACACAAUCUGCAUGCAUUAUUGCAUGUAUUAUACACACACUACAUCCAAUACACAAACACACUCUCUGCAUUCACGAUACACAUACUGCAUCCACUAUGCAAGCACACACUCUGCAUUCACUAUACACACACUACAUCUAAACACACUGCAUCUAAUACACACAAACACUACAUCCAUUACACAAACACAUACUCUGCAUUCUCUGCAUGCAGACAUGGCAUCCACUACACACAUACACUGUGUCUAACAUAUGAAAACACUACAUCCACUACACAAACACACACACUGCAUUCACUAUACACACUACAGCAUCUACUAUACAAACACACGUUCUGCAUUCACUAUACACACACUACAUCCACCACACAAACACACACACUACACAAACACACACUCUGCAUCCACUACACAUACUGCAUAUAAUUCACAUAAACACUACAUCCAUUACAAAAACAUACACUUUGCAACCACUUUACACACUGCGUUCAUUACACAUGCACUGCAUCCACUUUACACACACAGUCUGCAUCCACUUUACACAUGAACAAUGCAUCCACUUUACACACACACUGCAUCCACUACACACACUGCAUCUUUGUGGGCAAACUCGGAAUGGGCUCUGUGGGUGGACUCGGGAGUGGGCCCCCAGGGGCCCAGACCUUGAGCUGUGUCAGGGGCCCUUGGUUGCACCCUUCUAUCUAAAAGUUGGGAGGUUGGUUUUCCUCAUUCCCCUUACAUUCUUACUCAAGGCAGAAUGGGUUCUCAUAAACGAGCAAUUGAUUAAAUGCGUAUCGCUAAAGUCUUUCUAUGAGUCACAGAUGCACAUUGUCUCCCAAUUCUUCUCUGUGAGAAGCAUUGGAUUGGAAUUGGAUAGGUCAUACACACACUAUAUCCAAUACACAAACACACACCCUGUAUUCACUUUACACAUACACUUUAUCCACUACACAAAUACACACUAUGAAUUUACUAUACACACACUAUACAUUCACUACACAAACACACAAUCUGCAUUUAUUAUACACACACUACAUCCAAUACACAAACACACUCUCUGCAUUCACGAUACACAUACUGCAUCCACUAUGCAAGCACACACUCUGCAUUCACUAUACACACACCACAUCUAAACACACUGCAUCUAAUACACACAAACACUACAUCCAUUACACAAACAUGUCUAGUGAUGAUCUCCUAUAGAGAGGGGCUGUGACUUGAGACCACUGAGGUAUGUAACUUCUAUUUUUGCUAUCUAUUUUAAGGAAGAAGGGGGCAAACUCAUUGAAACCAUCAGUUUAACACUCUAACAUUUUAAAUAAAGAUAUGUUUUAUUAUUUAUAAUGCUGGAUUAUUCCUUUAAUACAAAUAUUGCAUAUGGAACAGUGUGUGAUUGCAAAGCCGCGUGUUGUGCUAUAUUUUAUAAUUUAUUAUUUGCAUUUAAAAUAUAUAUAUUUUUUUGUUCUUUAACAGUUCAUGCACAAAGUCUGGUAUUCUCUGCGAGCAUAAUGAGACGGGUAAGAUUAAAGUCAGAUUUUGAUAAUAUUUCUUAAUGUUAAUAGGUGGAGAUAUAACUGGAUACAUUUCCUUUUCCUAUGAGAUUUAUUUUACAAAAUUUUUAAGAGUUAUUCAAAGUUCUGAAAGUACGGAAACAAUGUGAGAAAGCAGAGUUUGUUAGGUCAUUGGCUAAAAUGCUUGGUCAUAAGGAAUCACAAAAUAGCACAAAGAUGAACCAAUCAUUCACACACAAGAGUGCACGAAUCCUGGCUCUACCCACAACGAGUAGUUAUUGAAAAUGAAGUAGAAAGAUCCAGCACAAAUCUUUUACAGUGAUCCAUUAUUGUAGUGCUAAGUAAACAGGUAACAUUUUGGCCUGAUAAAGGCCAGAUCAGGCCGAAACAUGACUUGUUUACUCGGCACUAGAAUAAAGGAUUAUGCUGGAUUGUUUUUCUUUAUUUUGGUCAUAAGGAAUAGCAACAGCAAGGUCAGCUUUAACCUUAACCUAGUUCUAACUGUAAUAUAAAAUAAAUAUAUUAUAAGAGGGUUUUGGAGAUGUUUGUGAUGUUUCCAAAAUACCUUGAUGGCUUUAACCCAAAAUGUUUUAUUUUGAUGUAUUUUAUAUAUUUCUCUUUCUAUCAAUAAAAUAAAAAUAAUAAUUACAAAAAAUAAUACAUUUGAUCAAAAACGAUGCAAUUGUUUUACUAAACACUUUUUAAAAAAAAUUUACAAUUUUGUAAAACAUAAAUUUUUUCAUUGCUUUUUUCCUUUAUUUGUGACAGACUGCUACUGUGAAUACAACAGCAACAAGUACAAAUACAAUGAUGUUAUUUACAACACUCCUGAUGGAACUGGAGGAUGCAUCACUGCUGUAUGCAUGACAAAUGGCACAAUUUACCGUGAUAUCUAUGCUUGUCCUGCUUCUCCUGCUUCAACACCAUUUACCUUUACAACCAUUCCUUCCACAUUGACCACAGGUAACUUGUGCAAAAUGAAACAUCGAAAUCAUUUGGACAUCACAUACCUUACUGCAAACAUUUCAAAUAAAGCAAGUACAGUAAUGUUAAUUAAAUACAAUGAAUGAAAAAAAAAUACUUUACAAUUUGUAAAUGUUCAUAUAAUAUUGCUUUCUGCUAUGUACUUUUCAAAUAUUCUGAUCGAUAAUUUAUUCAAUAAUAAUAAUAGUAUAGUAAUAAUAACAAAAGAAAAGUUAGCUCUACAAACAGGUGAAUGAUUCUGCUAUGUUCUCAUUACAACUUGAAGCCCCAUGCCAUGAUAAUUAUUAAAUCUGUCAGUCUUAUAAAUAUUGAAUGUAAAAUUAUCCAAAUUGCUUUAAAAAAAAAUACUGUACUUUGUGCAUUAUUCGCUUGGAAUCUUUAGAGAAAAGUGGAAAUAUGUUUACUAAUCACAGCCUUGUUUUAAUAUAUGUGGAUAAGCUUUUCAAAUGUUUUAAUAUUUCCAAACAAACGUUUAUUUUUUUUCUUUAAAAUAUUAAAAUAACAAAACAUAUUUCAUAUAUAUAAAAAAUUAUAUAAAAAUAUAAAAAAUAGUAAAAUAAAAAUAGUAAAAUAUUUUUCAGAAUACUACAUAAUUUUAAUAGUUUAUCCAAAAAUAUUAAAUCAUUUGAAAAUAUUAUUAAAAAAUAUUACAAUGAGGCACAUAGUAGGCAAACAUAAUAAUUCCAUUGAUAUUUAUUGUGCCUUGGCUCAAUUUAAAAAAAAAAAAAAUCCUAGCAACAUUCUGUGGUUAUGCCAGUUAUAUUCCAUGCUAGGCUUAUAUAUGUUAAAUAUUAUCUAUCAAUGGUGUUAAUUUGAUAUUUAAGGAUUAUCUUAUUAGAUGAUUUCAUAUUUUUGGAUAAAUAUUCAAGAUAUUAAAAUAUCAAAAAGUACAUCAUAUAUAGAAAAUAUAUAAUUAUAUCAAAAUGUUAAAAUAUUUGUCAAAAUGUUAAAUCAUUUUAAAGCUUAUCCAAAAAUACUAAACUGAGGCCAAUGAUUAAUAUUUAACACUUUUUAAGUUUGGGGAAACAAAAUUCAAUUAGCAUUUUGUCUCUUCAUGAUAUAGAAAUAACACAUACUUCUACCUCCACACUAUGUGUUAAAUAAAUAUGUAAGUGAUCACAAUAGUUUAAUCUAGACUUCACUGAAUAUGAUAAUGAGUAAGAUUUUGAGACAUUUAAAAAAAUAAAGGAGAAAGGAUAUGAUAUAUGUAGUCUUCCAAAAAACUUAAAACUUAAGUUAAAGACUUUCCUGAUAUAUCCCUGAAUGACUUGAAACAGAAAGUGCAAUGUGAUGCUUUAUGUUUGGACUGUCAUGGUGCAAUAAGGAUUAAUUUCCACCUAUUUGUUACAAUUAUGACAUAAGAAUAGAGUGUUGUCUCGACCAAUAUGGAAGUGUCCCAAAAAGUACAACUAUACCUUAUACAUCCGUUUUAAUUUUUCUGUUUUAAUAAUAUUUUUGAAAUAGAAGUUGCUCUAUAAUUCCUGACAUUAAAUUUAAGAAUAUUUUUGAAAUGCUUUAUUAUUUCUCUGUUAUAUGUCCAUAGAAACUACAUUCACUCCAACAGCCUGCAAUAAUGAGUCUUGUAAGUGGUCACAAUGGUUUAAUGUAGACUACCCUGAACAUGGUAAUGAGGGAGAUUUUGAGACAUUUACAAAAAUAAAGGAGAAAGGAUAUGAUAUAUGUAGUCUUCCAAAAAAUGUAGAAUGCAGAGCUAAAGAAUUUCCCGAUAUAUCCCUGAAUGACCUGAAACAAAAAGUGCAAUGUGAUGCCACAUUUGGACUGUCAUGCUACAAAAAGGAUCAAUUUCCACCUAUUUGUUACGAUUACGAGAUAAGAGUAGAGUGUUGUAGCUUUGAGCCAUGUGUAAUUGACUCAACAAGUAUAACUCCUUCAACCACCACUCCCACAACAGAAGUUACAACACGUGUUUAUCCAACUACUGCUACUACAGCACCAUUCACCUUUACAACUACACCUUCCACAAUGACAACAGGUAGGGUACUUAAUAUAUUAAAUAUACUUGAAUUUUUAUAGUUUAUUGCAAACCAAGAUAUUACCAACAUAGGAAUGCUGCUUAGAUACAAACAUAAUGUUCAUUACUCACUGCUUCUUGGAUUUCAAAAAUCACUAGAUAAGGCUGGUGGAAUUUGCAGAAUAUUGCGUUACUGUAGUAUUAUAAUAUAGCUCUAUCUAACACAAUAAUAUAGUUUAAAUAUGUCCUAGGGUUAUGUCUUUGACUACAUUUAUGGCUUUUGUUUCUUUUUAAUCUACCUCUGUUUUCUUCCUCCUUGUUCUCCCAAACAUCUGUAUGUUUCUAAUAAUCUUUAAGAAAAUCACUUCAUUUUCUUCUGUCAGAAAAUUAUUUUUGUAGCAUUAUCAAAGAGCAUACUGAACCCAAAUAUUUCACAUUGGAAAAAAAAAGUAUCUUUAAACGUAACAUUUUUAAAACGGAAAGCUACAGUGACAGGGUCUUAACACCACAAUCUAUCUGAUAAGAUUAAUUGGUUAUGGUGCUUAGAGUGACCCUUUAAUUGUCCUUCCAAUUUAAAUUAUAUAUGAAUAAGAUUUUUUUCAUUAUUAAAUCAUUUUUGCAGCAAGAAAAUAUGGUAUGACGUAGAUGAUGUUAUGCCUGUCUUUAAAUUUAGAAUAUUUUUGAAAUACUUAUUUUGUUUCUCUGUUAUAUCUCAACAGAAACUACAUUCACUCCACUAGUCUGCAAUGAGUCUUGCAAUUGGUCACAAUGGUUUAAUGUAGACUACCCUGAGCUUACUCGUGAAGGGGAUUUAGAGACAUUUGCAAAAAUAAAGGAGAAAGGAUAUAAUAUAUGUAGUCUUCCAAAAGAUGUAGAAUGCAGAGCUAAAGCAUAUCCCAAUUCAUCUCUGAAUGACCUGAAACAGAAAGUGCAAUGUGAUGCUACAUUUGGACUGUCAUGCUACAAUAAGGAUCAAUUUCCACCUAUUUGUUUGGAUUAUGAGAUAAGAGUACAAUGUUGCAUCUUUGAACCAUGUGUUAGUCUCACAACAAGUAUUCCUACUACAUAUGAACACUCGACAGCUCUAUCAACUAAAAAAGGCAGUACCAUUGAACCUACUACCAGUAAAGAGACCAGCAGCACUGCCAUAACUGUAACAAAUUCCACCCCAUAUGUUCCAACUAGUGCACCAACAAGAACAGAUAUUAGAACAAACUCAACUGUACCAAUUAUCACAGAACAGUCAGAGACCACCACCACUGAACGGGUUGUAAUUAAACACUAUACAAGUACGGCACAAUCUGAGGGUCCCCAGAUCAUGGAAACUACUAGUGUGAUUUCCACAAAAAUAACACAAAUUUCAGAAAAAACUCCUUCAAAAAUGAGUUUGCUAAGUACAACUAUCAACGACAGAACAUCAAUCUUCUGUAACUGCCAUGUAAAUAACUCGUCAUUCUCACCAGGUAUAAUUUAUAUUUUAUCUAUUUACAAAACGGUAGCAAUAAUUAUUUGUAUAUUUUUUUUUUUAUAAUCCGUCAUCAUCCUUUACAUUUUUGUCUUUCCAAAAGCACAUUUACUAAUUGAUUGCUAUAUGUGAAUGAUGUCUCAUGCCACAAUUCAGUUCCAAACUUGAGAUAACAAAAUCUGUUUUUUUAAUUAAUGUUUUUGCUCUUUUUAGACAUAAAAUCCAUUCUUAAUGCAAAGUUUCAGCCAUGGAUAAAUUUCUAAUCAUUUAAUUUUAAAAUAGUAUGCAUCUUGUAUUUUGGCUGAUUGUUCAGAGACCUUGUGGGGACAUAAACACAGUUAUGAAAUGUCAAUGGUAAAAUAGAAAAAUUAGAAAAAAGUCCACUUUGACUAAAACAAAUAUUUUUUCCAUCAAGUAUCUGAGCCUAAAUGUUUUGCAUUAGUUGUAAAGUCAACACUACAUGCUGUAAAGUGCCAACAUCUACUCUAUAAAGUUUGGACAAACAAAUGUGUGCCUAUAUGUCACUCGUUUUGUACUAUUUUCUAACUUAUUUUAAGUAAAUGCUGUAGGCUCAGUUCUUUUCAAAGUCAUAAAAUCUGCAAGCACAUGUUUUUUUUUUCAUCAAAAUAUUUAAGGGUUUUUUUUAUCGCAAGAUAAUCCUCAUAACAUACAAAGUCUGCAAUAUUCAUUGAAGCUUAAAAAUUGUAAUUUAUCUUGUGUUUUAUAAUGGACUCUGAACUCACUAUUAAUAUAGAGGGGCCUGGCAAUACGGGUCCUCCAAACCUCUCACAUUUUAUGUGUUGCUGUGAUGUUUAAAAAUGUGAUGUAUGGGCAGCCACUGAUUCCCAUCAGGUUUUUAUUUACAUAAGAGAAGGGCCUGCUUAAUUAUAUCCUUCCUCUCACACAAUUUGCUGCAAAAAACAGAUAAAAGUCGUCCACUUUACAGAAUGAUACAAAUUUUGAAUCAAGCAUUUUUCUGGUCCAGAGGCCCCCACAUACCCUAGUGGAGGAUAGUAUACUGAUGCUCCAUUAUUCCCUGAAUAAUAUGCUAGCAGGGGCACUGCUACUACUGCCCAUCCACUUCCUCCCUCACUCUUUUAUUGGUGCUAAGUGGUUAAGGAAGUUGAACAAUUUUAUUUGAAAACCAGUGAGAUCAACAAGGAAGUUUACUUCAGUUUCCCCGAAGUACCAAGCCAUUUAACCCAUUAAGGACACAACUUCAGAAAUAAAAGGGAAUCAUGAUGGAAUAUUUCCGUCAUGUGUCCUUAAGGGGUUAAAUAAAUUAAAUUCAGCAGUAUAACAUGUUAAUGCCUACAAGGGUGCCCCUGCAGGGUAACAUUCCCACAGUCUCCUUUAGUGUCCUCCAAUUCUAUGUCCAGCCAUGUUGUACUGCUCUGAAAAUAAAACUGACUUUGCCCUAUGUCCCUAAAUAUAUGUGAAAUAGCAUGUUUUCUUUCUUAACUUCUCCUUGGAAAUCAGAUAUAAUCAAAUGGCAGAUCUAAUUGUAGUAGAACUUGUAUUUUCAUGAAAACAAGCAGUUUUGAGGGUGUCAAAAAAUUAUGUUGGAAGUUGGAAGCAAUUUUACAUCUAGGGGUCAUUCUUCUAAGAUACUUAUUAAGUAAUAAUACUUAAAGGGACACUAUAGUCACCUGAACAACUUUAGCUUAAUGAAGCAAUUUUGGUGUAUAGAACAUGCCCCUGCAGCCUCACUGCUCAAUCCUCUGCCAUUUAGGAGUUAAAUCCAUUUGUUUAUGAACCCUAGUCACACCUCCCUGCAUGUGACUUGCACAGCCUUCCAUAAACACUUCCUGUAAAGAGAGCCCUAUUUAGGCUUUCUUUAUUGGAAGUUCUGUUUAAUUAAGAUUUUCUUAUCCCCUGCUAUGUUAAUAGCUUGCUAGACCCUGCAAGAGCCUCCUGUAUGUGAUUAAAGUUCAAUUUAGAGAUUGAGAUACAAUUAUUUAAGGUAAAUUACAUCUGUUUGAAAAUGAAACCAGUUUAUUUUCAUGCAGGCUCUGUCAAUCAUAGCCAGGGGAGGUGUGGCUAGGGCUGCAUAAACAGAAACAAAGUGAUUUAACUCCUAAAUGACAGUGAAUUGAGCAGUGAAAUUGCAGGGGAAUGAUCUAUGCACUAAAACUGCUUUAUUUAGCUAAAGUAAUUUGGGUGACUAUAGUGUUCCUUUAAGUAAUAUGUCCCCAAUAUAUGUAAUAAAACUCCUCAAUAUGUCUAGAAACAUGCUUUUCAAUUGUGUGUUACAGGUGAUGUAAUUUACAACCAGACUGAUGAAGAUGGUUGCAAUUUCUAUGCAAUCUGCAAUAAGGAAUGCAAAAUCGAUAGGUUUCCAGGGACAUGCAUAGUAUCCACAACACCAAACAAAGAGCCAAUAUCUACAACUCCAGAUAAAGGUUGUCCUCCAAGAAAGGUAAGCAGACAUAUUAGAAUUUAAAUUAUCCAUUUAAAUUCUAGAUAUGAUUCAACCGACCCAUUUGAUUCUUUACAUAAGUGCAGUUAACCAAUUGUUUAAUUAUACUGGUCAGGAUGGCAAGAAUCAUGGUUGGAGUUUUAGGACAGGUAGUUGUUUGGCAUUCCUGAUUUUAAAGACACGCUGAUCAUAAUAUUAUAAUUAAUAUAUAUAUAUAUAUAUAUAUAUAUAACACAAUGUGUUUCCUUUUACAGAUAAAUGAAACUUGGUUCAUCAACAACUGUACAGUAGCCACAUGUCAUGAAAACAACGUAAUUACUAUUAAGUCUGUGUCAUGUCCACCAGUACAAAAACCAACCUGUGCUAAUAAUAUUCCCCCUGUCCAAGUUUACAGUCCAGAUGGAUGCUGCUAUCAUUAUGAAUGCCAAUGUGAGUAAUCCAAGCAAACAAACAGGCACUGUUAUAACAAUAAAAUGUGGAGAGAAGUAUCCAAGGCUGUCAUGGUGGUCUGCCAGGAUUGAGUAGUAGAUUUGUGACCCAACAGUGCAAAUCUCAAUGAGAUACAAAUUCUUGUACUAAUUAUGCCACAGCUGAAAUUGAGUGUGCCAGGCUGACUGAUCUAAUAUUGCUUAAAUAUAAGUGCAUCAUAAACAUUAUGCAUAUUUUUAAUAAUUAUCACAAUCAAAACAUGAAUAUAUAAUUGCAUAUAGUAUUAAUGUAUCAGUUUAUAUACAUAAAACUUGAUGUUUUGUAAAGAUCUUUAUACAUAUUUUAAAGUUUUUACAAAAAUAUCAUACAUUAUUAAUUAAAUGGCUGUUAGCACAUAUUGAGAAGUGUAGUGGUUCUUGAAGUUAAGGGCAAUCAUUAAAUAUGCACCAAGUCAUUAUUAUACAGAUGGAAUAUGUAAUUAAUUAUACUGUGUUAACUUUUUUUUUAACUUUUAUAGGUGUCUGCAUUGGUUGGGGUGACCCUCAUUACAUCACUUUUGAUGGAACCUACUACACUUUCCUAGACAACUGCACCUAUGUUCUUGUGCAGCAAAUUAACCCUAGAUUUGACAACUUCAGAGUUCUUAUUGAUAAUUAUUUCUGUGGCACAAAGGAUGGUUUAUCUUGUCCACAGUCUAUCCUGAUUUACUACAAGGAUAAUGAAGUUGUGCUAACCCGUAUCCUGUACAAUGGAGUAAUGACCAACCGGGUGAGUUGGGACAUUAAAUUGCUUAAAGUGACUUUGUUUCUUUCAGAUGUCUUUGCAUAUUUUUUUUACAUUCUGACUUGGUUUAGAGACUUAGGGGUGCAUUGGGGAGUUAUCCAAAGCUGUCCAUGGCAGGUUACCUGAAGCCUUCUGUCCACAGUUCCUGGUGCUUCUUUCACCUGGAGUUGCAUUAGUGCAGUUCUCUCACACAUGCAUGAGAAUACAGCACUGAUGUCUAUUAGACAUGUGCAUCCACUGCAUUCAUUCUUAGCCAAAUGGAUUCUUUUGAUAAAAAAUUGAUUCCUCUGAAACAAAACCUACCAAUUUAUGUUAAACUAAUUAAUUCAGAUAUGGGAAUUUUAAAUCUGAAUCACAAGAUGAAAUAAAAGGUUUCAUCCAUUAAAAGGGACAAAUCAAUUUGUUGACAAACAAAUCAGUUAAUAUAAGGAUGAGUGCAACAAAUGCACACGUCUAAUGUCUAAGGAAGAUCUUGUGAAUGCAGGAGACUCAAAUGAAUAAGGCCUCGAUUUAAUUUGUUUGGAUCAGCAUUUCAAAAUAUCACAAUUUGUUAGAAAAAUAUUUCAAACAAUUUAUCUACAAAAAUCAAGACGGAUGGGAUAAAAAUCCUUUUUUUUUAUCUACAAAGCUGCAAGACAUUCACUCUAGAGUGGCCUCACCACUCAGAUUCAAAGGGAACCAGCCUUCCUGUUCCAACUCGAAAUGAUUCAAGAUGGACUUCCAAGCAGGAGAACAGAAAUAAAAGGGUUGAAAAUCCAGGCGCAAGUCCCCAAGUUUGUUGAAACUUUUUUUUAGUGAUCACUAUAGCUUGAGGAAAUUGCCUCCUUAUGCCCUGAACUUGUAAUUCUGUCCAACCAGAGUUCCCAGCACAAGGCCUUGGGGAGCAACAAACUGAGACUGACACAAAAAAGAUGAAUAUGUACUCCAAUUUAUUAGAGCAAAGCAAGGGUUUAUAUAAGCUUUUUGAGAAGUUUUGAGACUUUCAGGGGUGUGUAUGAUUAAGUAAUAAGAGGUGUACAUAAUUAAGAAAACAGGUUGAGACAUUUUGUGCAAUCGUAUUGCAGAGCAAGAUAUGUUAUAAUGAGGGGGAUUGCCUUUUUUGUUACUAGAACCUUUGUGCGUACAUGCUAAACCACACUUUUUUAUUUUUUUGUCUACAAAGCUUGCGUAGCAAUAGACUAAUCAGAACUGGUUUUAGCUAGAAACAUAAGGUUCUUUUAAGGAAACUGUAGCAGAAUAUGAUUAACUGGCUAAAACUGGUUUAAAAAAUGUCCUCGAAGGGCAUUGCAGGAACAAAAGGAUUUUUAACCCUUCAAAGACUGUGCAUUCUUGUAGAUAAAUUAUUUGAAAUGCUUUUCUAACAGAUUGUGAUCAUUUGAAAUUCUGAUCAAACAAAUUAAAUCAAGGUCUAAGUCUCGUGCAAUGUAAGAAUCAGCCUGAUUCCUCACAGCCAUGUCUAGCAAUGGCAGUAGAGAUAGAAAUUUUGACAACCUCUGGCUUUUCCAUAUUACAAAGCAGCCCCUACUUUGUCUUAUGUUACAUUUAGACUGUAUUCAAAUUCCAAUAAAAUUGUAACACAGUCAAUAUGAGCAUUUCAUAAAUAUUUUAUUAAAACUUUUUUUGAGGUAAUAUAGCCAUUUUAAUAUAUAUUAAUAUAUAUAUAUAAACAUCCAAACUCUGGCACUCUGCCCAAAAAUAUUAAAUAUUUAUAAAUACCAAGGUGCUUCUCUGUAUGAAUAUAGAAAAAACAAAAGAAUGAGAGCACUCACUGGAUUUAACAAAAUCACUUGUAUUUAGAAAGUGAACAUACCACCAACGUUGAUUGGUAUGUUCACUUUCUAAAUAGAAGUGAUUUUGUUAAAUCCAGUGAUUGCUCUCAUUCUUUUGUUUUAUAUAUAUAUAUAUUUAAUUUAAUAUAAUUGUUGUAGACAAUUUGAAAAAAAAACACAUAAGAAUGUUUGUUCAUUAUGUAUGUAUAUUUUACUAACAAAUAUUUCCUGCAUAAUUUGACAUGAUGACUAAGGAUGAUCACUUUUGAAAUUUGCCCAACAGAUAAGAUUCAAUCAGAACUGGGUAACACCUGGAUUCUCCAUGAAUGGUAUUUUUGUUACCAGUGCUGGUAUCAACAUGAUUGUUGACAUUCCAGAAAUUCAUGCUCACAUCUCAUUUAGUGGAAUGAUCUUUGAAAUUAACCUGCCAUUCAGCUUAUUUGGUUACAAUACAGAAGGGCAGUGUGGUAUGUAUCUGUUUGUAUCAUAUUUAAUUUUAUUUUAUGAAAAAAAAAAAUGUUGUUACCACAAUGCACCAUAAAAAGUUGCAUUUUUAGAAAUAUUUGUUUUCUGUAUGCUGUUUUAUGUUACAUUCCUGUACAUGUUUAGAACAUUGGUCAUGAGUUUGUAUGCUACUUUUAUAACACUAUUUAAGAUGCAAUAUAUAGAGUACCAGAAGUAUAUGCAUAAUCUCAUUUUCUACGUUAAAGGUCUUUGCCUCUUUUAUUUUGUUAAGCUAUUAAAGCACAGGCUGUUCUUAAAGUAAUAAACAAAAGAAGGAAACAGCGCUAAUAUAAACCAAUACCAAGAUAGGUAAUGUAUGAGGCGGCAACCUAAAAAUAGGGUUCCCUCUAAGCCCUAUAGACAAAGGUAAUACACAAGACACAAUAGAAAAAGAUUGCGCCAAAGCUGGCUAUGGUACGACUAAAAUAAACAAAGUCCAGAGAAUAAGUAGUGCCAAAGUAAAGUGUUAAGUUGGGCCUGAUGGGGCACCGACGGCUUUUGUGGAGGAAUAUUCUCUCUAUGGGUCAAAUUAAGAUGGUUUUCAGGAUCCGUAUGUAAAGAGAGAAGGAGAUAAUAGUGCAAAUACAUAUGAUACAAAGUGUUUAAUUGCAGGAAGAAGAGAUCUAUAGUAAUCCUACUCUUUCUCUCUUUACAUACGGAUCCUGAAAACCGUCUUCAUAUGACCCAUAGAGAGAAUAUUCCUCCACAAAAGCCGUCGGUGCCCCAUCAGGCCCAACUUAACACUUUGCUUUGGCACUACUUAUUCUCUGGACUGUUUAUUUUAGUCAUACCAUAGCCAGCUUUAGCGUAACCUUUUUCUAUUGUGUCUUGUGUUCUUAAAGUAAAACUGAAAGUAGUACUAUUAUAAAGUUAUUUUAUUUAUGUUUUCGUGUAUCAUUAUGGCUUUACAUUGUUGUGGAUAAAUAACCCAAAGUAUGUUCAAGGGAAAACAGAUUGUUGUAACGAGUGCUCAGAGAAGCAAUAAGAAACACUCACGGUUUGUGAAUCAAAGAUUGCUUCUGCUUUAAUUGGGAGAACUUACAGAUUAUAUAGAGAAAUAGCUAUGUGCAAAAAGAAAUGCAGAACUAGCCAUAAUUAUGAAGGUCACAACACACACAAUUACUGGAAAUUUUGCUACAUUACAAGAAAGGGAGGGGGACAGGGCAGCUGCAAAGUUUCUCUGAAAGCUGAAGGGCAUCAUAACGGAUAAGAACAAAAAUGUGUGUGUACGUGCAAACUGCUAAAUUAGGGUAAAAUUCAUCUUCACAUAUAAAGCGUAUCAUGAUCCAAGUUAGCCAAUUUUAAACAGACUGAACAUCACGUCGGCUAUAGCUGCUUUCACAAUUCCCUUCUUUUCACCCCAAGGUUCACCCAGGUUUCUGAGGUAUGUCCAGAUGUGCUAGUCACACCUGUGGGUCUUUUUAGUAUUUCUUCACCACAGUUCCCUCAGACAGGGCGAACCAGGGGUCAUUAGAGGAAUGUUUCUUAAUUAGUUACACAGCGCUUUAGGUGUUAGAAGUAAGAGAAGCUGACAUGUAAGUUAAGGUUUGACCAACAUGAGGUUUUGAUUUACAAAAGGAUGAUAGAAGACAGGAGAAGAACUUAAAAGUAAGAAAGAUCAACAUAACAACAAAUACUGCAAUAAACAAAAAGUAUAAUAUUUUCUUGAUAAGCAGGUUUAGCCAUGUACCCAAUCUAAAGGUCCAAUCCCAUUCCCCAAAUAAUGCAGUGUCUUGCUUAGUAUCAUCUACUAGGUUAUGCAGGUCUUGUAUGUGUUCAUAGAUCAUGGUCACAUGAUCUGAGAGGUCAUGAACAACACAUACCCUUGAAGCUUCACAUCCUAAAUCAUGCUUCAGUAAUAAGUAGUCAAUGGCUGCACUGUUUUCAAUGAUUGAUUUCUUAUUAGCUAAGGUAUCCAUUAGAAGCUCUUCUAAGGCCUGGGAGGUUGCAAUUAAACCUUUUGCAAGGGGGCGGGCCAGGGCAUUUAUAACUCUAGCAUUGUAUACUGCUAGUCUGGGGACCCCUACUAGAAAGAGUGCCAAAGCAGUCACUCCGCUUUAGAUAAGAGAGUAAUUUUAGGGUCAAAAUCUGGGGUAAGAGUAUCUUUAAUGUCUCUCCUGCCUCAGUUGGGCCGGUUUAACUGGGUGGUUUCAGAGACUAGGUCAGAUUUAGAAAACAUAGUCAUGGUUAGACGUGAGAUUGUGCAUGGGCCUUCUAUGAUAUUAACUGAGACAUAAGCAUAAGUAAUAUUCCCACAGGAGAGAGUACAUCCAAUUGGCAAAUGAACAUGGUGAUGGUAACUCACUACUUGGACUUUUUUGUUUCAGAUCAGUUGGUGUGACUAGUUUACAGUGGCUGGCAUGUAUCCAAGUUGGUUUUCCCUCUAGCUUCACUGAGGUAGACAUAGUCAGGAGCACUUGGAAUGGACCGUCAAAUCUUGGAUCAAGUCCUUUUCUCAUGUGCCUCUUUAUCACAACCCAGUCACCAGGCUGUAGUUUGUAGGUUGCAGAAUCAGAGUAUGGGUCUGGAAUGGAAUCAAACACUUGUUUAUGCACCUGCCCUAACUUCUUAUGGAGGGCCUGGACAUAUGAGGUCAUGUUACUAUGUUUUUAUUUGGAGUUGAAAUAGAGUCCUGUUUUGGGGCACAACCAAACAGAAUUUUAAAGGGAGACAAACAAUUUCUAGGAUGAGGGAGUGAAUCUCAUGGAGAAAAGCGCUAGGGAAGACAUUCAGUCCAGGGUUUUCCUGUCUCUUGCAUGGCCUUUGCAAUUUUAUUUUUUAGAGUGCCAUUUGCACUUUCUACUUUCCCACUACUCUGGGGGUGGUGAGGAGUGUGGAAGAACUGACUGAUCCCUAGUGCCUUCAUUAUUUCUUGCAUUAUCUCUCCAGUGAAAUGGCUACCUCUGUUACUUUCAAUCACUUCAGGUAUUCCGUAUCUACAUACAAGUUCCUUCAGAAGCUUACUUGCUGUGACCUUCGUUGUGGCUUUCGACACUGGGUAGGCCUCAAUGCACACCAACACAUAUUCAUACACUCCUACCUUAGGCAGUUGAAUAUAGUCUAUCUGCAGUCUCUGAAACGGGUAAAGUGACCUUGGUAGGUGUGUACCUGGUGUUUUGACAGCCUGUCCAGGGUUGUUUCUAGCACAAAUCAUGUAAGCCUGGGUGUGCCUAGCUGCUACAACAGUAAACACAGGCGCCACUCAAUGGGUGUUUACUAUACAGUUCAUGUUUAUUCUGGACAAAUGGGUUGGUCCAUGGGCCAUCUGUACCAUCAUAGGGUAUAGAACUUGUGGUAAACAUAGUCUUUUACCUUUUCUCCACAACUUUUCAUCAUCAGGUUCUGCAUCUUGUUUCCUCCAGAGUUCUUGUUCUUCUUUGCUUGCUUGCUUCUGCAGGCUCAACAAUAUAUUGUAGUCAACAGUCUUAUCUGGAAGGACAACCUGUAGGAAGGUAUUACCUGAGAGUGUGGAAGGAUGAAGUUGGAUUGCUGCUUGCUUGGCAGCUUCGUCUGCUUUGUGGUUUCCUCUUUUAAUUUCAUCUGUGAUCUUCACGUGAGUUGCAACCUUGAUGAUGCCUACUUGAGUGGGUAGCAUGAUAGCGUCCAUAAGGGCAUUCACAAUUUCAGAAUUAUUGAUUGGAGUUAGUUAGAUGAAAAAAUAACAAGCCCACCAUAUAGGCCCAAAGUCAUGGGCUAUACCAAAGGCAUAGCAAGAGUCUGUGUAAAUAUUAGCUGUCUUACCAGAGGCCAGUUUUCACGCUUCAGUGAGUGCCUUCAGCUCAACCUCCUGUGAAGAGCAUGGAGGGGCGAGUGGUUCAGUUUUAAUUACCUCAUGUGCCGAGACUACAGCAUAUCCAGUGUGGAAAUUGACCUUCUCAUAAGCAAAUCGAGAACCAUCUACAAAAAACUCAGUCUGGAUUAGACAAUGGAGACUCAAUUACAUACGAAAUACCUGUUGUCUCUUGUGCCAUUAAUGCUACACAAUCAUGGGGUACCUGGGCUUUAGCUAACCUGUCUGGUGACAGGGAAUUUACAAAAAGAUCAGAACUACAAUCACCACUCCUCUCUUUUAAAUCCAGGGGAUUUAACACCAUACACCUUUUCAAAGUGACAUUUGGAGGCAUGAGUAGAGCACACUGCAUCCUGGGAUGCCUUGCAGUAUGUAUGUGUUUUGGUGGAAUUGUGACAGAAUGCUGUUAAUGUCAUGCAGGGUGUAAAUGGUUACAGGAUUGUCUAAGACAAUGUCAGUGGCUUUGUCCAGUAGAGCACUAACAGCAGCUACUGCUUUGACACAGGAAGGGGCACUUCUGGCAACAGGAUGUAACCUGAUAGAUUAGUAUGCAAUAGGCCUUUGUUUCUCACCAGGGUCCUGCGUAAGGACAGCUGUUGCAUAACCAGCCUGCUAAGUGCAAAACACGGUGAAGGGUUUCUGUAAUCUGGGAGACCCAGUGCCGGGGCUGAGGUGACAAGCAACUUAAGAGUGUAAAAAGCUUCCUCUGCUUCAGGAGUUAAAUGAAAUUAUUCACGAGUGAGGCAAUCAUGCUAGGGCUGCAUGUAGAUUGCUGCAGAGUGAAGUCAUGGGCGACAAUAGGAGACUAGGGCCAGGAAUGUAUGUAGCUGGGAUAGGCUGCAUGGAGGCUUAAUCUUUUGAACUGCAUGAUUCCUGUCUUCUGUGAGAUGUUUUGUACAAUGGGAAAUACAAUGUCCUAAAAAGAUAAGUGGGAACACAUGCCUGCAGUUUGGCCUUGGUAGCUUUGCAGCCUGCUUGCGUUAGAAGUUUUAGUAAAGACAGGGUGUGCACUGUACAUGAUUUCUGAUCUGGGCAACAUAAAAGCAAAUGAGCAACAUAUUGUAAUAACACAACAUCAUCUGCCCUUGGCCAAGCUUCUAGAAUGUGGGCCAUUGACAUGCUAUACAUGGUAGGUGAAUUUUGACCUUGGGGCAAAACCGUCCAUGUGUAUUGUUUGUGUUAUGUAUAAAUGCAAAAAGGAAUUGACUCACUGGAUUCAAGGGAGCAGGAAAUAAUGCAUUUGCCAGGUCAAUGACAGAAAACACCUUAGAGGAAUGUGGAAUCUGUGACAACAGUAUAUGAGGGUUUGUGACAUUGGGGGGCAAUUAAUUCAGUUACAGCAUUAACAGCUCAUGCACCAUGCACUAUACCACUGGCUUGCCUUUCUCUUGUUUCUUCCUAAAGGUAUACACAGGGGUAUUACAAGUGGAGGUGGUUGGGGCACGUACACCUGCCUGCAAUAUUUCCUGGAUAGACUGAAACAUUAUGUCAUCUUGUUCUGGGCUAAGGGGAUACUGUUUUUGAGGGGUGACUCCCGGUAGAAGAGUUACUUUUACUGUGGGCACAGAGAGUCUGCCUGUGUCUGUCUUCCUUGUUGCCUAUAGAGAGUUGGGGACUGAGGUCAAGUCAAUGGUAGGUUCUGUCACAGGGUUGGGCAAAGUGAGGGUCGCUAGUAAAUUGGCAAGUGGUAUCAGAUGGUUGUCGCCUAGGGGCAAGGACAAUGAUACCUCUCCAGAUAGACUGUACUAAAUGUUGACAUUAAUAGCAGACAGAAUAUCACUGCCUUGAAAAUUGACAAGGGCAUUAGGGCUGACAAGCAAUCUGCUAAUAAGAGAAGUAGAGUCAUGGAAUUUAAGCUUUAUCUGGUGGGUUAAAAGGAUUUCUGCAGGUGUCCCAUCAACACCCACACAUGAUAACACAUCAUCAGAUUUCUCAUAGGGAAAGAUAUUUCUUCUGCACACCAGCACGGACUGCCCCAGUGUCUAACAGAAAAGAGACUAUUUUAUCACCUGGAAAUGUGACAUUAACCAUUGGAGAGGGUCCAGCUAUGUUGGGAAUAGUUAAAGCAUGCAGGGACACUGGGGUGUCAAUUUCCUGGAAACAGCAGUAUCUUGUGACGGUAGGGUAAGCGGGGGUGCUGCUGCAUUGUGACAGUCAGGUUUGAAGCAAGAAGGACAUUUACAGUUUCGCUUGAUGUGUCCUUUCCAGCAUUCUACUUCCUGGUGGCUAAGGGCUGAUGUUUUCUUGAGUGCAUUAGAAUAAGCCUCUACCCCCAUGACUACUUUAACUAAAUCAGAGUGAUUGAGUCCCCUCCAUUCAGGGCCAGUUGCCUGAAGGGCAGUGCGUAAGAGAGGGUGUAGACCAGGCUUCCCCAAACUCUGGCCCUCCAGAUGUUACUGAACUACAACUCCCAUGAUUCUCAGCCUCUCUCUUUCAUUCAUAGAAUCAUGGGAGUUGUAGUUCAGCAACAUCUGGAGGCUGGAGUUUGAGGAAGCCUGGUGUAGACCAUCCAUAAAACAGUUAGCAAGGUGUCUGACAGAUAAGGUGUAUAAUUUAGAGUAUCCUAACGACUCCCAGUCUAUCUGAAGGUGGCAAAAACUUUUUCCACUGAUUCCCCUUGCACAAUAUCAUUGAGUCCCACCAAGGGUUAGCACAUUCACAUCUGGGACAAAUCCAGUAAGAUUUUUGAUUAACUGGAUUAGUAGUGGAUACAGGGACUUGAGGGGUUUAAGACAUGACUAGGGGCCACCCUCAUCCUUACCCAGGUAAGGUGGUGGGUUGUAUGAGGUACUGGGGGCUAUGACUGUAGAGCUGAAUCUUAAGGCACCAAAAUAUUGGUAGUAGGGUACCCCAUUCCUAGUGGUUUCUCUACAACCACAUUUAGUCAACUCUACUGCAGCAUCAAGCCAUUUCUGGGCGACUUCAACUAAAUUGUUAUCCAUUAACCAUCCUUUAUAAUUGGCCAUAAAUUCUUUCCAAAUCUGUGGGUCCAGGCAGCCUUCAGAAGGUAACAAAUUAUAAAAAAAGGAUGCACAGUAAGGUGGAAACUUUUUUUUUUUACAAUAAUGUCUUAGUGUGCUCUAUAAAAUACAUUUUCAACAUAAGAUAUUUUUCAGCUAUCUACAAAAUGCUAUAUAAAACAACACAUUGAAAAGGCAAUACAGCUUUAAAGUACACUCAGCUUUAAAUGCAGCUUUAAAGUACACUCCAGUACACUUUAGAGUACUGAAUUGCUUUGUGUGUAAAUAGUGUGUCCUCUUUUAAAAAAAAAAAAUAUUUUAGAAAGAGUGCAGAUUUCCAAUAAAAUAAUCAAACUUAUAAAAAUGAACCUUCUUACACCAUCCUGGCUGUCAAUCAACUGGAGGACAACUGGUCCUGUUACUUCCUGGAUGUUUAGCUCAGUGGAGCUAAACUCAAAAGUCAAGCAAUUGCUCAGGGCACUAAGCUCUUUAAGCUGCAUUGUGAAGUCUGUAAUUGGACAGCCACAUAAAGUCAGGGUGGAGUAAGAAGGGGAGGGCUUGCAGCAGACAAGAGAUUGUUUAGCUUUUACCAACUGUUUUAGAUAUACCCCUGCAUAAGUAAAUUCCUGCAGGUUUCUAUUGGUCGUAUAUUUACUAAAUAGUGAUUUAUUUAUUAUACAUUUUUUUGUAUUUGGUCAUUGGAGUUUCCUUUUAAGUGCAUAUGUUGACACUAUUUUCUCCUGAUGUAACACACAGGCACCUGCUCCAAUAAUAGAACUGAAGAUUGCAGACUGCCUAAUGGUAAAAUCACUUCAGAUUGCUCUCAGAUGGCUUAUCAUUGGAAUGCGACUGACAAUCCAUACUGCAAUUUACCACAUCCUAUGCCUUCUUUAUCAACUGUAUCACCUUCACCAACAACAGCAUGUCCACAUUCCAGUGUCUGUGAUGUGAUCCUAAGCAAGUAGGUGACAUUUAUGUGCUGACUUAUCAUUAUUGUCAUUUUUAUUUUAUAAAUGUGAAAUUCAUUUUCCAUUAUUAGAAGUAUUAGAAAUAGUUUAAUUUAGCUUUCAUCACCAUGUUGUCAUUUUCAAUUUUGAACAAUAGAAUCAGUAAACCAAAUAUUUCAGAAAACACACACGCACACAAAAAUAGAUGUUUAAAAACUUUACAAAUUCACUGCAAAAGGUCUUUUUUUCUGAAUGCACUACACAAAGUAUAUUUGUAUAUUUGAAGUUUAUUUGUGUAUAUUAACUAUCUCACAUUUCAUUUCCAGUAUUUUUGCAGAAUGUCACAAAAUAAUAAACCCAGGCCCCUUUCAUAAAGGUUGUCUCUUUGAUGCCUGUCGUAUUCUCAAUGAUUCUGUGGCAUGCACAAGUAUACAGAUCUAUGCCUCAAUGUGCACUUCCAAUGGAAUUUGUGUAGACUGGAGACAGGGAGCUGGAAACCAUUGUCGUAAGUUAUACAGUAGAAAAAUAAGAUGAAACCUUUUGAUAGGAAUAAAUAAUAAUAAUUACUUUAUCUUAUCAGAAAAAAACAACUUAGAAUAUAAUCAAUUUUUUUCUGUGCAAAUACAGCAUACAACUGCCCAGCUGGAAAGAUAUAUAAUGCCUGUGGUCCUGCUUAUCCUACAACAUGUGAAAACGGGUAAGACUACAAUUUAUAUCAUAUAUAGGAGGAAUAAACUGCCAGUAAUUGAAAUAACAGCACUCUUCCAAUUUAAUGACAUGGCUUAUUUAUUAACCCCUUAACGCCGUUACGGCGUUCUAUGCCGACCCGCUUUAAUUGGGCUUUAAAGCCGUUGCAGCGGCAUAGAACACCGUAACUGCUUUGAGCCCUGGAGCGCCCGGUAUACUCACCUUCCCGGCGCUCAGCUUGGGAGGACUGUCUGACAGCCCAGGCAGCCCUUCCCUGGAAAAAGAAGCCCCCGGGGGCCAUGUGAUCACUCUCAGUCCCCCUGCUGGUGGGAGCUGUAAAAAAAUAAUUAAAUGUGUGUGUGUAAAAUUAAUUAAAAGUAUUUUUAUAUAUAUAAUAUAUGUAUAUCUAUUAUAUAUAUAAUAUAUAUAUACAUAUUAUAUAUAUGUAAUGUCAUACAAAGUGUAUUUUAAUAUUAAUAUAAGUACAUAUAUUAGUAUUAAAAUACACUUAGAAUGACGUAACAUAUAUAUAAUAUGUAUAUAUAUUAUAUAUAUAAUAAAUAUAUACACAUAUAUUAUAUAUAUACGUAUAAUUACAAUAAUAAAUACAUUAAAUAAUAAAAUAAAUAAAUAAAAUAUUGAAACAAAAUUUAAUAUAAAUUAUAUAUUCAUAUGUAAUUUCAUUCUAACUGUGUUUUCUUAUUAAUAUAUAUAUAUAUUUAUUGGUAACAAAAUACACUUAGAAUGACAUUCUAUAUCUAUCUAUCUAUCUAUAUAUAAAAUACAAAUAACUGCAAAUAUAUGUAUAUAUAUAUAUAUAUAGAUAAAUACAUAUAAUUACAUAAAAGAUUACAUUAGUAUACACAUAGAAUUUAAAUACUUAUAAAUGCAUAUAUAUUAAAAUUCUACGUGUAUAUUUAAGUAAUCUUUUAACAUAAUUAUGUGAUUUGAUUAAUUAAAAUUUGAUUGACAUGCCCGACAACACAGGGAGAAAGUGCAGAGAAUUUAAUUCGCAAGAACUAUAUUUGACUCUGUAACUCUUCAAGACGCUUGAAGGGCAUAUAAUGCGCACAAGACUAUAACUAAUAAACAUACCAAAAUAACACACGUUACAUCGGCCACUUUGUCACACUUCCCUUAUUCCUUUUUCUUACUUUCACCCUCUCAGGACGGAGUCAAAUGUGCACGUUCUGAUCAAAACAAAACGUAAACAAAAACUGGAAUUUGCGCUAUAUGUCUGUUCAACUGUAAUUCACCGCUGUCACAUUAAGUGCACCCACACUUAUUAUAUAUCAUUUUGUUCAGGAGAAACAGGGCUUUAAUUUAUCAUUAACAAUUCAUAUAUGGAACAUAAUUUAUUAUGAAUAAAAUUUAAAAAAAUUUGAGAAAAUAAGAUUUUUUUUUAAACUUGUAUUUCCAUCUGACAUUUUAGCUGUGCUAGGUUUUACUGCAAAACAAAUGCACAUAUUUGUAAUAAGCAAUGUCCCACGAGUACAACAGUACCCCCCAUUAACAGGUUUUAUGGUGUUUUGGAAAGUUACAGGGUCAAAUAUAGAACGUUCCAUUUUCAAAUAGAAAUUUGCCAGAUUAGUAAUGUUACCUUUGAGAUGGUGUGGCAGCCCAGGAAUGAGAAUUACCUCCUAAAUGGCAUACCAUUUGAAAAAGUAGACAACCCAAGGUAUUGAAAGUGGGGUAUUUUUAGUCUUUUUUAGUUGCCACUUAGUCACAAACACUGGCCAAAGUUAGCGUUCAUAUUUGUUUUUGUGUGAAAAAAGCAAAAAAAUUAUAUUUGUCCAGUGUUUGUGACUAGGUGGCUACCAUGAAAGACUGGACAUACCCCACUUGCAAUACCUUGGGUUGUCUACUUUUGCUAAUGGUAUGCCAUCAUGGGGGUAAUUCUCAUUCCUGGGCUACCAUACGCUCUCAAAGGCAACAUAACCAAUCUGGCAAAUUUCAAUGUAAAAAAAAUGAAAUGCAAGCCUUAUAUGUGACUCUCUAACUUUUUAAACCCCAUAAAACCUGAACAUGGGUGUACUGUUUUUCUCGGGAGACUUCACUAAACACAAAUAUUAGUGUUUUAAAACAGUAAAACAUUUUACAACAAUAAUAUAGUCCAUAAAAGUGCUGUUCAUUUGUAAAAAAAAAAUAUGCAACAAACGUCACCUUUACUUAAAAUAUCAUCAUUGUAAUACAAUUUACCAGUUUGAAACUCUAAUAUUUGAGUUCAGCGAAGUCUCCCGAGUAAAACAGUACCCCCUAUGUACAGGUUUUGUGGUGUCUUGGAGAGUUACAGGGUCAAAUAUAGUGCUUGCGAAUUAAAUUAUCUGCACUUUCUCCCUAUGUUGUCAGGCAUGUCAAUCAAAUUUUAAUUAAUCAAAUCACAUAAUUAUGUUAAAAGAUUACUUAAAUAUACACGUAGAAUUUUAAUAUAUAUGCAUUUAUAAGUAUUUAAAUUCUACGUGUAUACUAAUGUAAUCUUUUAUGUAAUUAUAUGUAUUUAUCUAUAUAUAUAUAUAUAUAUACAUAUAUUUGCAGUUAUUUGUAUUUUAUAUAUAGAUAGAUAGAUAGAUAUAGAAUGUUAUUCUAAGUGUAUUUUGUUACCAAUAUAUAUAUAUAUAUACAUAUAUAUAUAUAUAUAUAUAUAUAUAUAUAUGUACACAUAUAUAUAUAUAUAUAUAUAUAUAUAUAUAUAUAUAUAUAUAUAUAUAUAUAUAUAUAUGUACAUAUAUAUAUAUAUAUAUAUAUACAUAUAUAUAUAUGUAUAUAUAUAUAUAUAUUUUAAUAACAAAAUACAGUUAGAAUGAAAUUACAUAUGAAUAUAUAAUUUAUAUUACAUUUUGUUUCAAUAUUUUAUUUAAAUUUAUUAUUGUAUUUAUUAUUGUAAUUAUACGUAUAUAUAUAUAUAAUAUAUGUGUAUAUAUCUAUUAUAUAUAAUAUAUAUAUAUACAUAUAAUAUAUAUGUAACGUCAUUCUAAGUGUAUUUUAAUACUAAUACAUGUGCUUAUAUUAAUAUUAAAAUGCACUUUGUAUGACGUUACAUAUAUAUUAUAUGUAUAUAUAUUAUAUAUGUAAUAUAUACAUAUAUUAUAUAUUUAUAAAUAUAUUUAUUUUAUUUUAAAACAUGAGUGAUUAAUUUAUUUUACAUUUCCCACCAGCAGGGGGACUGUCUGACAUUUCAGACAGUCCCCUUGCUGGCAGAUCCACAGCCAGCUAUAGGAGGCCAUGUGAUCGCUCUUUGGUAAGUAUCCCAGGUGCUUUAGGGCUCAAAGCCGUAACGGCGUUAAGGGGUUAAUAACACAGGGUGGAAACUAUUCAAUACAUUGAAAUGCAUAUAAUACAUUGCACAUAAAUACAUUGUAAAUACAUUUCCUUGGUGUGAUGUGGUCUUUAAGAAAAACUGGGAAUAGAGAAAUAAAAGUUGAUUCAUCAAGUUGUCUGCAAGAAGCAUGCGUCUUGUCUAUGUCUGAGGUCUUGGUUGGAAUCCAAGCAAGUCUUAGUCAUGCUAAGGAACCAUACUUAUUGCAAUGUAUUGCCAGUGUAUUGCCAGUGCCAGUGCAGUGAGCUAGUUAGUAUACUCUGUAAUAGCCAGAACAUGCAACCACAGGAUAACCUGGGUUGCUGAUGAGUCCGCUACCAAGCACAGAUAACCUUAGGACUUAGUUAAGUAGUUAAAAAAACACAGACGAUAGCAGGCCUGAACUGGUAAACCUUUGGUGCCAGAGAUGCCAGGGCCAUAUAAUCACAGGAAGGGAUUUAAAAAGUAUAUUUUAAAUAAAAAUGAAUAGCAAAAUUAAGGCAGUAUUUGAAGCAGUGUGGUUGACAACUGUGAAUGUGAAUAUACAAACAUUUUGGAUGUGCAAUAAAUCAUCCUGAAAAACAAGUAAGCAAACUUUGUAUAUGGUUCAGCACUUAACACAUAUGCACAUACAUAUCUAAAUGUGCACAUGCUCACAUGUUGAAAAGUUUGGGAAUGAUUGUUAAAUGCAAUCUGUAAUACUUUUUUUUUUUUUUAAACAGGAAAAUACCAUUGGUCAGCAAAGGCUUUACUGAAGGUUGUUAUUGUCCUUCUGGAACUAAACUGUUUAACUCUUUCACUGAUGUCUGUGUGGAAAAAUGCUGUAAGUAUAGAAAAAAUCAAAUACACUGAAAUUAUCAGCCUCGGAAAGCUAGUGAUAUCUAUUUAUAUCUAUUUAUAAGAAAAUCAUAUUGUUUUUUUUAAAGUCUCUGUGAGUGUUAUUUAUAGUGCAAACCAAAUAAAAUUAAUCCCUUAAGGAUGGCGGGUGUGCUAUGCCAUCCUUGAGCAUCCUAAAAUUCAGCUCUAAACGCUGGCAGGCGGUAUAGUACGUACGCACCGUCCAAUGCACUUACCCACUCGCUGGCGAUUCCCCUCCGGAGAUCGCAAUGUGGGGUCUUGCCUGGCAUCCCAGGCAGUCCCCGUGUAUCUGAUCCGGCUCUCCUGGGCCAUGUGAUAGCGAGGAAUAGCCAUCCAUAGUAGUGCCAGCAGAGGAAGUGCCUGGAAUAACAGGGAGCCCCCCUGCUGCCUGAAAUAAAGUGAAAUAAAGUUCAAACACAUUGUAAAAUAAAAUAAUAUAUACUUAGAUCAUAUAUUUAUAUAUACAGUUGCAAGAAAAAGUAUGUGAACCCUUUGGAAUGAUAUGGAUUUCUGCACAAAUUGGCCAUAAAAUGUGAUCUGAUCAUCAUCUAAGUCACAGCAAUAGACAAUCAGAGUCUGCUUAAACUAAUAACACACAAAGAAUGAAAUGUUGCCAUGUUUUUAUUGAACACACCAUGUAAACAUUCACAGUGCAGGUGGAAAAAAUAUGUUUAUGUGUGUGUGCAUGUAAAAAGUGUACCAUCGUCUGCACUGUCUGCACUGUUUGUUACCCAUUUAUUAUUUUUGGUGUAUUUUUACACCUUUGUUAAGUCAAACAUACCUUGCAGGAUUAGCCUCUCCCAGGCUUUUACAAAUUUGGUGGUUAACUUAUAAUCAAUACACUAUUUUAGUGCAUGGUAAUAGUAUUUGGACUAUAUACCAUUUUAGCAUUUUUUUCUAAUAAAGGUUGUUUAUCCUCUUCUAUGUGACUAUUUACAUUAUGAGGUACUUUGAAUGAGGCUAGGCAUUCCACCCACUUUUUUGUGAGUGGACUGUCUGCCCCAUUUUUCGUCUCUUUUUUUCUAUAUAUAUUGAGGGGUUAUGCCCCUUGUACCUCUGUAACCUUUUUGUGGGGUAGUGGUGGUGGUUUCCCCACCCCAUAGCCCCUCUCUCUUUAUUCCUAAAUAUAUAUAUGAUUAUAAUUUUAUAUAUAUUAUAUAUAAUAUAAAAUAAAUAUAUAAAUACGUUAAAAAUAAAAAAUAAAAAAAUAAUUUAAAAAAUAUAAUUAAGAUAUAUGUGUAAUUUCAUUCUAACUGUAUUUUCAAAUGAAUAUAUAUAUAAUUUGAUAUCAAAAUACACUUAGAACAAAAUAAUAUAUAUAUAUAUAUAUAUAUCAAUAUAAAUAAAUAUAUAUGUAUAUAUCACUAUACAUACAUAUAUAUAUAUAUAUAUAUAUAUAUAUAUACCUAUAUAUAAAUAAAAAUCAUUGUGAAGGCGGAGCACACCUACAUCAUGUGACGUGGCGUUGCUUGCCUCCAUGCACCUCCAGGUCCUCCAAUGUCCAGCCGCGGCCAUCACAACACUGAAAAUUAAUAAAUGAAUUAGUUAAUUUAACCCAGUUUUCAAAGGCAUGUAUAGAACAGAUUCACAAAGCCUACCUGUAGAUAGUAUAUUAGACAGAUAGGAGGGCUGGAAGCUUUUGGCUUAAGCUGCAGGUAUAUAAAAAAUGGCAUAUUGUUUUACACACAAAACUCAUGGAAUGCUGCAUGGAUUGACCUACUCAUCCUUCACAAGCAAACAAAAUGCUUUUCACAGAUAAAGGCUGCUGUACUUGCAAGGAGUGGCAUUGUGUAUUCCUGCAGUUCCCAUCAAUACAUCAUGCACAGCAUGAUGGAUUAUUCACAUAAAUCUGUGCAUGCCUAAGUGAUCAUCUGGUUUUGUAACUCCAUUGACACAAAUGUGUAAUCUCACGCCACAACCACUUGUAAGCACCUCCACAUCAUACAUAUUCAUCAUUGUUUAGCACUCUUACUUCCUGGGAAAAAAUCACACUGGCAGAUCCAGUUCUGAAGAACAUUGACACUCUGAGCAACCAGCCCAAGACCAAACUAACACAAGGCCCUUUACAAUUCCUCCCUGUUUGCUAACACCUUUCAUACUCUGCAAAAAAGACACUGCAAGUCAAUUCUAAUUGCAGAAGAAUAUUGCUGGGAGGCAGUAAUCCACAAAUUCUUCAUGCAAGUUCCUUGAGGAAAAUGUAUAUCCCAGUCCCACCUUACCAACAUUCUCAUGUUUAAAUAAUGUAAUGUUACUACAUUAUGCUAUGCACAAACUUUGUGGAAGUUUAAAUUGUAGUCAUCAUUAUGAUCACCUUGUUUUUUUUCUUUUAACAUGUAAAAGACUUCUAUAACUCAUCUUUUUAAUCUUUUAGCUUGCGUUGGACCUGAUGGAAUGCCCAAACAGGUGACUAACAUUUUAUUCUUUAGAUAAAGCAGAUAGACAUAAAAAAAAAUCAUAUAUGUUAUUAAUUACAUAUUCUGCCUACUCAAUAUACAAAUGUGGAUCCCCACAGUAUAACUUAAAGGGACACUCAUCUGCCCAAGUACAAAAUAAUUACUGUUUAAUAGAUAUACCCUUCAUGAAAACAAUUAAUUUCAUUAUGCAUUUUUUAAUUGGGGGUAAAUAAAAAAAACUAUGAAAUCUACAAACCACAAUGACCUCACAUCUCUUGUCUAAAGCCUUUGCAAGUCCUCCUCUUCUAACCCAGCCCAGAUAUUUUGUGACCAUCCAAUCACAGACUUCUCUGGACAAUUGCCUGACUUUUAAGUUUAGCUCCACUGAGCUAAACAACCUGGAAGCAAUAGGACUGGUUGUGUGAUUGACAGUUAAAGAGGAGUACCAAAGUACAUUCUAUGUUUCUAUUUGCGGGAUAACACUUACCAGGAAAGGUUAAAGGAUCUUAACAUGUAUAGCUUGGAGGAAAGACGAGACAGGGGGGAUAUGAUAGAAACAUUUAAAUAUAUAAAGGGAAUCAACACAGUAAAGGAGGAGACUAUAUUUAAAAGAAGAAAAACUACCACAACAAGAGGACAUAGUCUUAAAUUAGAGGGACAAAGGUUUAAAAAUAAUAUCAGGAAGUAUACUUUACUGAGAGGGUAGUGGAUGCAUGUAAUAUAGCCUUCUGUAACAGACCGUUUUGCACAAAAGGGAAAAAAACCGCUUAGACGAUAAUCCCCUUUCAGAGACAGGCACAGCUACUGUAGAAUCACCAAAACUCACGAACUGAAUACAAGUGAAUGCUCCAAACUCCCGAACAGCAUACAAGUGAAUGCUCCAAACACUCGAACUGCAUACAAGGGAAUGGUCCAAACAUUCGAACUGCAUACAAGGGAAUGCUCCAAACACUCGAACUGCAUACAAGUGAAUGCUCCAAACUCCCGAACGGCAUACAAGGGAAUAAGGUAGCACUCCAAAUACACGAACAGGAACCAUACGAAUUGCUGCUACCAGACGAACAGGAAAAGCUCCCAAGCGGCUUACACUCCUGGCAAUCAGUCCUUAGCAGCAUACAGUAAAUCCCCCCAAAGACGAGACAAGCUCCGUGUUGAGGGUCAAGCAGUGGUCUGUUUAAUGAGGGCUACCUGCCCAGUAUUUAUGCAGGUCUCCCACCUGGUGGACACUCCCCUAGGGGACCAAAUGGGAGACUGUGACAAAGGACAGACAAGUAGACAAAUAGGACACACAGUCACAGUAUAUUCCCACAAUGCAUCCUGGUUUCCUCCCCUCUGCCCUGAGAGAUAAUUGAGAAGUAACUCAAUUAUCUCCCAAGACAAAGGCAAAACUCCAUUACACAUGUGGGGACACAAAACCAGUAUUAUACUUUAAAAUACAUAAAGUAACAUUUACUACAUAAAACACAGACAUGUAACAUAUCCCCAGAUAGCUCAGGUCUGAGUGCACAUUAUUAGGUGAAUGGCACUCAGACCACACGAAUACAGUUUAAUUGCCACGGAGCCAAAGUCUUUAAUUACACAAACAGGCUCCAUGGCAUAGCUAUCUGGGUUAAAACAUUUCCCCCAACACAAAAUACCGAAUCUACAUACAUUCGUUUAAUUGGUACGAAUCAGAACCAGGGGCUGGAGGCUCAGCGGUGCUUAGCUGACACAGUGUCCAGAUUUGGCGUAGGAAAGCCGGGCAGAAAAGCGCUGGCUGCCCGGGGAGCUCCAGAACAUCGCCAUCGUGUGGCGGCUAGGUGUAACUGCGACCACCCAGUAACACUCAAUUAAGCUGCGGUUAACCGCAGCUACUGGGUGGUCAAUUGCCGGCACACGCUCGUUCAGGGAGGUAAAUGGAGGGCACACGCCAGCUUCUGGGUGGCCAAUUAACGGAGCCGGCCGACUUCCCACGGCUCUGGGGAGGCUGAUAGAAGUCUGUUUGUUCGGUAGAUAGAAUCUACCGAACGGCUGUGCAGAAAGGAAGGAAUAAAUCUUUCUGCACAGUAAAAUUAACCAUUUAACUGCCGGUCCAUAAUCCAAAGGCAGCAGGCGGGCAACCAGGCUCCUCCAAUGCAAUGUGGCGAGAUUGGUCUCGUCACACCUUCCAGCUGAAGUGGUAGAGGUUAACACAAUAAAGGAGUUUAAGCAUGUGUGGGAUAGGCAUAAGGCUAUCCUAGCAAAGAGAUAAAACGGACUAAUGAAAGUAUUUAGAAAAUUGGGCAGACUAGAUGGAUCGAACGGUUCUUAUCUGCCGUCACAUUCUAUAUUUCUAUGUUUCUGUUUCUAAAGUUAAUUUUUAAAUGUGCCAAUUUCUAUUGAAAUCUGCACUUUUUGUAAAAUGAAGAAAACGUAAGACACCCUCUUCCCACAUAAAGCACUUCAGCAAGAUAAAGUGCCCUGGGGGUCUGGAGUGUCACUUUACAUGCAGCUUGUGAAUACCACAAUAUGUUGAGAUUCUCUAUGACAUGUUCAUAUUCUGUUUACAGCCUGCAGAAACCUGGACAAGCAACUGCCAAAACUGUACCUGUGAGGAGACCUCACUUACCGUACAGUGCAAACCGGUCCAAUGUGAAAAACAUGCAAACAUCUCUUGUAAUAAAGAAGGAUUCAUUCUCGUACAGACACAAAACCCAAAUAAUACAUGUUGCAUUCAAAAUCAAUGCAGUAAGUGAAUUCAAAAGACAAAUACCAAAAACUGUCUACAUCCCAUUUGUGUUAAAUGUUUCAUAACACAAUUUGCACAAUGUAAUACAUUUUAAUUGUACAUCAUUCUUCACCCACAGGCUGUGAUAGACGUCUUUGUACAAACCAAGUGAUAAACUGCCCUCUUGGAUUUACAAGUGUCCCAAUACUUUUGGAAGGAGAUUGCUGCUUUACAUAUCAAUGCAGUAAGUGUUUUUUUCACAAGAGAUGCAAAACAAGGAAAGGCACGUGAAACUACAAACUGUUUCAUGUCAGUUUUGCCAUGCAAAAUCUGUCUCUAUGUCCCAUACACACAAAGAACAAGAAAUUGAGUUUCCGUGUUAGCGCUAGAAUCUGCAACAUGGGAACUCACGUGUAUUUGGAGAAUAUCUAUAUCUGCUGCCAUUUAAGAAAAGCAUUUUAACUAAAAUCAGAACGAUUAUGGAUCCAUUAUUGUAUAUUUCCACAAAGUUUUAAAACAUUGUAUUUUAUGUGUCAUUCACUACAGUAAAUUAUGGUUGCAUUGUAAAGUGUAUGCUAGAAUAGUAAUAUAUUUUUAAAUGUAUCAAUAGUCAGUGUUUAUUGAGGAAAAAAUUAUGUUGGGGUUAUUCACAACAAAAUUAACUUGUGGGAAUUCAAAAUGAAUUUCUAAUGUUAGGCCAAAGCAGUGGAACUGAGACAAAUCUCUAAGUCAGCCACAUUUUCAGUUCAGCUACUUUGGCCUUCUGUUUCACUUUCAAUUCACUCCUAUUUCCUGACAAUUCCCAUGUUAUUUAAGAAUCCUGACUAGUAAUUCCAGGCCUAAUGUAGUCCUAAGUAUACCUCCUUAACUAUAAGAAAUGAAAACAAGAUUUCUAACAUGAACAUUUUUCUUCAUUUUGAGAUAGUUACCAUUUGUUAUCAUGAAAAAGUAAGAAAAGUAAAAUUAUAUAGGUCACAGUUUUAAGUUUGUCUUUAAAGUUACUUAAAGACUCUAUUCCUGUAUUAAUUAUUUAUUUAUUUUAAAUUACAAAAGGUUUUAAUUGUUUAUAAAAAAGACACAAAAGAUAUAAAGUAAAUUUAAAAGAUCAUGCAGUUUAAUUAUCUUCUGUUGUUUUCUGUUAUUUUUCUACAGAGCCUAUGAAUGUCUGUGUAAGUGAGGGAGCCGUACACCAGGUGAGAUAUAUGUAUAAACACUAAAACAGAGGCGCAUCAAGUAAAAUAUAUAUAUUUCAUUUUAUGGCUUACCAAAUGACCAGCCUCGUUAGCUUGCUUGGUAUAAAUGUUAAUAAACAAAAAAAAAAUAUUAGCUAAAUAAUUCAUGAACAUGAGAACAUUUUAAAAAUAAACAUAAAACAAAUAAAAGUCUAUUGUUUAUAUAUUUAGAUCACAGCUGUUCAAAAAUUUAUUGUCAAAAAUGUAAAAAUGGAAAUAACUACAAGAGAAUCUGGAAUGAUUAUGCUAUAUAAUUCACAAACUAAUUCUAUACAUUAUUUUUUUCCACUUUUAGCCUGGGAAUCCAGUUGCUCAAAAGAGUGGUUCAUGUAAAGAAUGUAUGUGCACAAAUAAAAAAGACACCAAUACCAUGUUAAAUCUGAUCACAUGUAAAUCAAUCUUUUGCAAUAAAGACUGCUCGAAGGUAAGGUUUAUUGAUUAGAUUAUUGACAUUACAAAUUAGCACAUCUCGGGCUAUAAUUUCCUGUAGCUAUAAUAAUUGUAUUUUUUUAGGGUUCUAAAUAUGAAGAGGUAGAAGGCCAGUGCUGUGGAAAAUGUGUAGAAGUGGCAUGUACAAUAUUCAUGGACGCGGUUACCACUAUUGUUAUUGAGGUACCUUAUAACAAUAAGUAUUCAAUAAACUUAUCCAGAACCUCUAUGAUCUCUCUCUCUCUCUCUCUCUCUCUCUCUCUCUCUCUCUCUCUCUAGUUAUAGUGCAUAUAUAUAUAUAUAUAGUGCAUAUAUACAAUAGUUAACAGACAUAUAUAUAUAUGGAUAGAUAUAUGUCUGUUAACUAUUGUAAGUGCAAUAUUCAUAUAUGUUUUGUUUGUUUCACAGCCUAAUAAAACCUUUUCCAUCAACAACUGCUCCUAUUAUGAAUGCAAGAAAACCAAUGAGCAGUUUGUCUCCACUAGAAUAAGCAAGGAAUGUUCUGUAAGGAGUCAGGAUGAUUGUAGACAGGUAAUUAUUGCAGAUCAUGAAAGGAUAAAGCAAUGACAUACAUGUACAUGUGAAAGUGACCUGUUUUCUAAAAUAGCAUUUUCUCUGGAUAUUUGUCUCCAACAGGGAUAUAGAUUUAAAGAACUUGACGAUCAGUGUUGUGGCACAUGUGUACAGGUGGAUUGUAUAACUAAACUGGAAGACAACUCAUUUAAAGUCUUGAAGGUAACAUAUCUAUAAUAUGUAAUGUUAAUACAUGUUUCCAAAAAAUGCUUUAUUUUAGACAGUUUUUUAUAUUAUAGUUAAUAUUAUUUGUAGUUAAAAGAAAUGCUCAUUUGUACAUCAUCACCCAUCUUUGUUGCUGUAGAAGAGAAGAAAAAAAAGUGAAUUAAAGUGUUUUUCAAUCUUGCCUCAAAAAGGGGAACCUAAAACACUUUCUCUCUCACUUUCUUUCUCUAUGUUUAUAUAUUUAAUGUAAAAAAAAUACAGUUGGAAAUAUUAAUACAUUGCUCUUCCCAAUAUUUAUAGCCUGGAGAAAUAUGGAUCCCACCUAAUGAGGAUUAUGUCUCGUAUACGUGCUACAAAGUUGAGGAUUAUUUUGUCACUGUGACAGUGAAGAAAAACUGUUCUAUUUUGUAAAAUGAAGAGAAAAAAAUAGGACACAUUAUUCCCCCAUAAAGCACUUCAGCAAAAUAAUGUGUUUUAGGGGUAUUGAGUGUCCCUUUAACAUGCAGCUUGUGCAAACCGCGGUAUGAUAAGACUCUCUGUUACAUUUUCAUAUUCUGUUUACAGCCUGCAGAAACCUGGACAAACAACUGCCAACAGUGUAUUUGUGAGGAGACCUCACUUACCGUACAGUGCAAACCGGUACAAUGUGAAAACCCCUCAAACAUCUCUUGUGAUAAAGAAGGAUUCAUUCUCGUACAGACACCAGACCCAAAUCAGCCAUGUUGCAGUCAAAAUGAAUGCAGUACGUGAAAAUCAAAUACCAAAACUGUCGACAUCCCAAUUGUGUUCAAAGUUUCCAUAACACAAUUUGCACAAUGCAAUACAUUUUAAUUGUACACAUUCUUCACCCACAGGCUGUGAUAGAAGUCUUUGUACAAACCAAGUGAAAAACUUUUUACAUCCCAUUUGUGUUAAAUGUUUCAUAUCACAAUUUGCACAAUGUAAUACAUUGUAAUUGUACCUCAUUCUUCACCCACAGGUUGUGAUAGAAGUCUUUGUACAAACCAAGUGAAAAACUGUCCUCUUGGAUUUACAAGUGACCCAGUACUUUUGGUAGGAGAUUGCUGCUUUACAUAUGAGUGCAGUAAGUAUUAUACUCUAUUGCAACAAGGGGGUCUUUUGUCUCAAUAGAUAUGAAACAAUGAAAGGCCUCACACUACAAACGGUUCAAGUUAAAAAUUAGUAAUGUCAGAUUUGCCACAGUCCCACACACUCAAACAAUAAAUGGAGUUUCCGUGUUAGAACUAGAGUCUGCAACCUGGAAACUCGUGUAGUUGGAGAAUAUAUAUAUAUAUCUUGCACCAUCACCAACACUUGGAUCUCCAAAGGAAUGCCUACCACACAUUACUAACCUAACUGGAGAAUAUCUAUGGCAUACUGACAGCUUUGACAGUAAACUAUUUCUUCUAUUCACAUUUAUUUCUUGACAAUUUCAAUGUUAGUAAAUAACAUUGACUUGUAAUUCCAGAUCUAAACGUAGUCCUAAGUAUAGUUCCUCAACUAUAAGAAAUGAAAACAUGAUUUCAACCAUGAAAAACUUUCAAUUUUAGAUAGAUUCAAUUUGUUAUCAUGGAAAAGUAACAAAAUAAAUAAAGUAAUAAAAUAAUAUAGGUCAUCGUUAUUAAUACUUCAUUGUAAAACUUACUUAAAGACCAUAUUCCUGUAUUAUUAUUUUUGUUUUGCUUUUUGACAAACUGUUUUAAUUGUUUAUACAAAGAUACCUAAGAUUAAAAGUAAAUUCAAAGAGCAUGCACUUUAAUUAUCUUUGGGUUUUUCUGUUAUUUUUCUACAGAGCCUCUGAAUGUCUGUGUAAGUGAGGAAGCCAUAUACCAGGUGAGAUAUAUGCAUAAAAACUAAAACAAAGGUGCAUCAAGUAAAAUAUAGAUUUUUUUAUUUUAUUAUGGAUUAAAUAUGGCCUGCCUCUUUAGCUUGCUUGCUAUAAAUAUUAAUAAAGAAAAAACUUUUAGCUAAAUAAUUCAUGAACAUGAGAACAUUUUAAAAUAAAAAUAAAACAAAUAAAAGUCUAUUGUUUAUAUAUUUAGAUCACAGCUGUUCAAAUAAUUUAUUAUCAAAAAUGUAUAAAUGGAAAGAACUAUGAGGGAGACUAGAAUGAUUAUGCUAUACCAAUUUCACUAAUUCUAUACAUUAUUUUUUCCCACCUUUAGCCUGGGAGUCCAGUUGCUCAAAAGAGUGGUUCAUGUAAAGAAUGUAUGUGCACAACGGAAAAGGACACCAAUACCAUGUUAAAUCUGAUCACAUGUAAAUCCAUCUCAUGCAAUAAAGAUUGUUUAAAGGUAAGGUUUAUUGAUGACAUUAUUGACAUUAUAAAUUAGCACAUCUCGGGCCAUAAUUUCCUGUAGCUGUAAUAAUUGUAUUUCUAUUUUUUUUCUAUCAGGGUUAUAAAUAUGAAGAGGUAGAAGAUCAGUGUUGUGGAAAAUGUGUACAGGUGGCAUGUAGAAUAAUCAUGCAUGCGGCUACCACUAUUGUUAUUGAGGUACCUCAUUAAUAAUGUACAUAUUAUUCAAUAAACGUAUCCAGAAUUUCUAUGAUCUCUCUCAAGCUAUAGUAUGUAUACAUAUAUAUAUAUAUAUAUAUAUAUAAAUAUAUAUAUAUAUAUAUGUAUAUAUGUUUAACUACUGUAAGUGCAAUAUUAAUAUAGUUUUUUGUUUGUUUCACAGCCUAAUAAAACCUAUUCAAUUAACAACUGCUCUUAUUAUGAAUGCAACAAAACCAAUGAGCAGUUUGUCUCCACGAGAAUAAACAAGGAAUGUUCUGUAAGGAGUCAGGAUGACUGUAGACAGGUAAUCAUUGCGGAUCAUUAAUGUAUAAAGUGUUGACACAAAAGUGAAACUGACCUGUUUUCUAAAAUAACAUUUCCUCUUGAUAUAUGUCUCCAACAGGGAUAUAGAUUUAAAGAACUUGAUGAUCAGUGUUGUGGCACCUGUGUACAGGUGGAUUGUAUAACUAAACUGGAAGACAACUCAUUUAAAGUCUUGAAGGUAACACAUCUAAAAUGCCAAAUAUGUUAGUACAUGAUUGCAUUUUUUACUAUAAUUGCAUUUUUGGCUAUCUAAAAUGCCAAAUACAUUAGUACAUGCUGCAUUUUUUACUAUAAAAUAUAUAAUAUGAGAAUUAGAAUUAAUCAUUUUCAUAGAAUCAUAGAAUUAGAAUUAAUCAUAAUUAUAUUAGAAUUAUUAUUAAUCAUAGUUAAAAUAAAUACUCGGUUGUACAUCAUCACACAUUGUUGUAGCUGUAGAAGAGAAGCAAAAUAAGCAAAUUAAAGUGUUUUCCAAUCUUGCCUCAAAAAGGGAAACCUAAAUCUCUCUAUCUCACUUUCUUUCUUUAUAUUAAAAAAAUAUAUAUACAUAGUAGAAAAGUUACAAGUUGAAAAUAUAUUAAUAACCUGAAGAAAUGUGGAUCCCGCCUUAUGUGGAAUGUAUCUCUUAUAAGUGCCACAAAAUUGAUAAUUAUUUUGUCACUGUGCAAGUGUGCAAGACAUUAUGUUCUAUUUUAUUAAAUUAGAAAAAGUAAAUAGGACACACUCUUCACACAUAAAGCUCUUCAGCAAUAUAAAGUUUUUCAGGGGGUCUGGAGUGUCCCUUUAACAUGUAGCUUGUGCAAUAUGUUAUGAUUCACUGUGACAUUUUAAUAUUCUGUUUACAGCCUGCAGAAACCUGGACAAACAACUGCCAACAGUGUAUUUGUGAAGAGACCUCACUUACCGUACAGUGCAAACCGGUACAAUGUGAAGACCCCUCCAACAUCUCUUGUGAUAAAGAAGGAUACAUUCUCAUACAGACAUCAGACCCAAAUCAGCCAUGCUGCAGUCAAAAUCAAUGCAGUAAGUGAAUUCAAAACACAAAUACCAAAAACUGUCUACAUCCCAUUUGUGUUAAAUGUUUCGUAACACAAUUUGCACAAUGUAAUGCAUUUUAAUUGUACAUCAUUCUUCACCCACAGGCUGUAAUAAAAGUCUUUGUACAAACCAAGUGAAAAACUGUCCUCUUGGAUUUACAAGUGACUCAGUACUUUUGGAAGGAGAUUGCUGCUUUACAUAUGAGUGCAGUAAGUAUUAUUCUCCGUUGUAACAAGGGGUCAUUUUUCACAAUAUAUACAAGACAAUGAAAGGCCUCACACUACAAACUGUUUCAUGUUAAAAAUUAGUAAUGACAGAUUUGCAACUGUCCCAUACACUCAAAGAAAUGGGGUUUCCUUGUUAGUACUAGAGUCUGCACCAUGGGAACUCAUAUGUAGUUGGAGAAUAUCUAUAUCUUGCACCAUCACCAAAACUUGGGUCUCCAAAGGAAUGUCUACCACACAUUACUUACCUAACUGGAGAAUAUCUAUGGAAUACUGACAGCUUUGACAAUAAUCUAAUUAUUUCUAUUCACAUUUAUUUCCAGACAAUUCCAAUGUUAUUGAAUAACCCUGACUAUGAAUUCCAGAUCUAAAUGUAGAUCUAAGUAUAGCUCCUUAACAACAAGUAAUUAAAAUCUUUAAAUUUGAGAUAGAUUAGAUUUGCUAUCACAUAAAAGGAACAAAAAGUAAAAUUGUAUAGGUCAUAGUUAUUAAUAAUUUGUUUUAAAAGUUACAUAAAGACUCUAUUUCUGUAUUAUUAUUAUUGUUUAUUUAUUUAUUUUACAAAAAAGGUUUUAAUUGCUUAUACAAAAACACUAAAGAUUAAAAGUAAAUUAAUAGAGCAUGCACUUUAAUUAUCUUUGGGUUUUUCUGUUAUUUUUCUGCAGAGCCUCUGAAUGUCUGUGUAAGUGAGGAAGCCAUGUACCAGGUGAGAUAUAUGUAUAAAAACUAAAACAAAGGUGCAUCAAGUAAAAUACAUAUAUUUUUUUGUAUUAUGGAUUAAAUAUGGUCUGCUUUGUUAGCUCGCUUGCUAUAAAUGUUAAUAAAGAAAAAUAAUUUUAGCUAAACAAUUGAUAGAAAUUAAAACAUUUUAAAAAUUAAACAACUCAAGGCCCAUUGUUUAAAUAUUUAGAUCACAGCUGUUCAAAUAAUUUAUUGUCAAAAAUGUAUAAAUGGAAAGAACUAUGAGUGAGACUAGAAUGAAUAUGCAUUACCAAUUUCAUUAAUUGGGAAAAAAAGCAGAAAAGACCUAAGGGGCAAGACAAGCCUGGCCCUAGAGUAAAAAAUAGGACUGAGUGGAAUGCUCUUGAGAAAUGCGCGUCGAGCUUAGACGCUGAAUUUUUUUUAACUUGGUUAGCUUCUCUAUGUAGCCGAACAUUUCUACUUUAGAUUCUCUUUAUGCAGUUAUCUGGAAGGCAGGAGUAAGAUAGACAGUGAGAAUUGGGUCUGAUAUAUUUUUCAGAUAGAUGAUCGAGAUUGGUGGAUUUUCAUUUACAGAUAGUGUGUAACAUAACAAUUGUUAUACAAUAAGGGUGAAGUGUGAUACUUAAACAUAGGAUUUAAAUAUCUAACUGGGGAAACGGCAUGUUUUGGUCCUAGUGGGGCGUUUAUAUUUAUGCAAUACCCAUUUAGGCUUCUUUUUGCGGCACAGAUCCCAGAUAUUUGUCUCCCAUACGGAACCACUCUUAAUUAGAGACUCAUAGAUAGUUGUGUUUUUUUAUCUUCAAACUUCUAUCCCUCAACAUCUGAGCACUGAGCUCCUAACUUAUAAUAUAGGGAAGCUAAGCAUAUAUAUUUUCAAUUUCGAAGUUACUACACGUUAGGAAUUUACCUAAAAAGACCACACGAUCUAUCCCCAUGUAAUUCCACCUCCACACUUGAUUCAACUGCGUUAUUGGAGAUUUCAAAAUAUGUGGAUACAACCACCUGUUAUUUUGUUGCAUAUUGGUAACUAUUUUCCUAUUUCAUUUUCUAAAGAUACUUUAUUAGGUGCGUUUGAAUGGCUAUAUGACCUGCUUUGUAUUUGAAAAUUAUAUUAGUAGCCAUUUCUAAAUACACCACAUAGGCUACAUAGAUCCUUUCUUUUUUAAGUCACCAGCACAUUUCUGCUUUUUUUCACAUUUCACUUUUAUGUUCACUUUUUAUGUUUACGUUUGCGGAGUUCACAUGUUUUGUGCAGUACAACACAGUACUGAAUAAAGAUAGAAAAUAUCUGAAUUUUUUAACCCUUUGAGUUGCCACUCUUGAUGUGGGUAAAUCACUGGUGGACUUCUAGAGAAUUAAUAUCAGUGUGCUGUCGGCACUCAUUUUUUCCUUCCUCUAUAUAGCCCCCUGAGGUAUCCUUUUCUCCAAUUUCACUAAUUCUAUAAAUUAUUUUUUUCCCACCUUUAGCCUGGAAGUCCAGUUGCUCAAAAGAGUGGUUCAUGUAAAGAAUGUAUGUGCACAACGGAAAAGGACACCGAUACCAUGUUAAAUCUGAUCACAUGUAAAUCCAUCUCAUGCAAUAAAGAUUGUUUAAAGGUGAGGUUUAUUGAUGACAUUAUUGACAUUAUAAAUUAGCACAUCACGGCGGGCCAUAACUUCCUGUAGCUGUAAUAAUUGUAUUUUUUUUUCUAUCAGGGUUACAAAUAUGAAGAGGUAGAAGAUCAAUGUUGUGGGAAAUGUGUACAGGUGGCAUGUACAAUAAUCAUGGAUGCGGCUACCACUAUUGUUAUUGAGGUACCUCAUUAAUAAUGUACAUAUUAUUCAAUAAACGUAUCCAGAAUUUCUAUGAUCUCUCUCUCUCUAACUAUUGUAAGUGUAAUAUUAACAUAGUAUUUUGUUUGUUUCACAGCCUAAUAAAACCUAUUCAAUUAACAACUGCUCUUAUUAUGAAUGCAACAAAACCAAUGAGCAGUUUGUCUCCACGAGAAUAAACAAGGAAUGUUCUGUAAGGAGUCAGGAUGACUGUAGACAGGUAAUCAUUGCGGAUCAUUACUGUAUAAAGUGUUGACACAAAAGUGGAACUGACCUGUUUUCUAAAAUAACAUUUCCUCUGGAUAUAUGUCUCCAACAGGGAUAUAGAUUUAAAGAAAUUGAUGAUCAGUGUUGUGGCACAUGUGUACAGGUGGAUUGUAUAACUAAACUGGAAGACAACUCAUUUAAAGUAUUGAAGGUAACACAUCAAUAAUAUCUAAUUUAAAAAAAAACUGCUUUAUUUUAGAGAGUUAUUAUAUUAGAAUUCAUUUUAUUACUAAUUAUAGUUUAAAUAAAUACUUGGUUGUAUAUCAUCCCACAUCUUUGUUGCUGUAGAAGAGAACAAAAAGGAAAUAAAUAGAUUUCUCUUAGCGAUAUUUAUAGACUGAAGAAACAUCGAUCCCACCUAAUGAGGAUUAUAUCUCUUAUAAAUGCCGCAAUUUGAGGACCUGCUUGUUACUGCAACAUUGAAGAAAAACUGUUCUAUUUUGUAAAAUUAAGAAAAAAAGAGGACACACUUCACACAAAGCACUUCAGCAAGAUAAAGUGUUUUAGGGGUCUGGAGUGUCCCUUUAACAUGCAACUUGUGCAUACCGCAGUAUGAUAAGAUUCAAUGUGACAUUUUCAUAUUGUUUACAGCCUGCAGAAACCUGGACAAACAACUGCCAACAGUGUAUUUGUGAGGAGACCUCACUUACCGUACAGUGCAAACCGGUACAAUGUGAAAACCCCACAAACAUCUCUUGUGAUAAGGAAGGAUACAUUCUCAUACAGACAUCAGACCCAAAUCAGCCAUGUUGCAGUCAAAACAAAUGCAGUAAGUGAAAUCAAAACACAAAUACCAAAAACUGUCUACAUCCCAUUUGUGUUUCAAAACACAAUUUGCACAAUGUAAUGCAUUUUAAUUGUACGUCAUUCUUUGCCCACAGUUUGUAAUAGAAGUCUUUGUACAAACCAAGUGCUAAACUGUCCUCUUGGAUUUACAAGUGACCCAGUACUUUUGGAAGGCGAUUGCUGCUUUAAAUAUGAGUGCAGUAAGUAUUAUACUCCGUUGCAACAAGGGGUCUUUUUCACAAUAUAUACAAAACAAUGAAAGGCCUCACACUACAAACUGUUUCAAGUUCAAAAUAGUAAUGUCAGAUUUGCAACUGUCCCACGCACUUAAAGAACAAGAAAUUGGGUUUCCUUGUUAGUACUAGAGCCUGCAACAUGGUAACCCAUGUGUAGCUGGUUCCUACCACACAUUACUUACCUAACUGGAGAAUAUCUAUGGAAUACUGACAGCUUUAACAGUAAACUAUUUCUGUAUCAUGUAAGAAAGCAUAUUAACUAAAAUCAGAAAGAUCAUGCUUCCACUAUUGUAUGUUUUCCACAGAGCUAUAUGAAAUGGUAUUUUAUGUUUUAUUCACUGCCGUAAAUUGUAGUUGAAUUGCAAAAUGUAUGCCAAAAUAGUAAUCUCUUUUAAAUUUAUAAAUAUAUGCAGUGUUUAGUGGGGAAAAAAAAUAAUGUUGGGGUUAAUCACAACACAAUGACAUUGUGGUAGUUCAAAAUGAAUUUCUAGUGUUAUUCCAAAGCAGCUGAACUAAAAAGAAACUCUAAGUCAGCCACAUUUUCUGUUCAGCUACUUUGGCCUUUGAUUCGAGAUCACUUUCAAUUCACUUUUAUUUUCUGACAAUUCCCAUGUUAGUAAAUAACAGCUAAUACAGCUAAUCAAUUAUAAGUAAUGAACACAAGAUUUCUAACAUGAAACUUGUUCUUCAUUUUGGGAUGGAUCCCAUUUGUUAUAAUGGAAAAGUAAAAAAAGUAAAAUUGAUGUAGGUCAUAGCCAUUAAUACUUUGUUUUUAAAGUUACGUAAAGACUCUAUUCCUGUAUUAUUAUUAUUUUUAUUAUUUAUUUUUAUUUUUGAGAACUGAUUUUAAUUGUUUUUUAAAAAAAGACACAAACGAUAUAAAGAAAAUUUUAAUGCAUGCAGUUUAAUUAUCUUCUGUUUUUUUCUGUUAUUUUUACACAGAGCCUAUGAAUGUCUGUGUAAGUGAGGAAUCCAUAUACCAGGUGAGACAUAGGUCAAUUCAGAUAAGCAAUUAUAUAAAUACUAAAACAAAGGCAUAUCAAGUAAAAUAUGAAUUUUGUUGAAUACGGCCAGCCUUAUUAGCUUGUUUGGUAUAAAUGUUAACAAAGAAGUAACAAAUAUUAGCUAAACAUUUCACGGACAUUAAAACAUUUUAAAAAUAAAAAUAAUAGAAGCUUAUUGUUUAAUUAUGUAGAUCACAGAUGUUCAAAUAAUUUAUUGUCAAAAAUGUAUAAAUGGAAAUAACUACGAGAGAAUCUGGAAUGAUUAUGCUAUAUAAUUCACAAACUAAUUCUAUACAUUAUUCUCCCCACCUCCCCCCCCCCCAACCUUAGCCCGGGAAUCCAGUUUUUCAAAAGAGUGGUUCAUGUAAAGAAUGUAUGUGCACAGAUGAAAAAGACACCAAUACCAUGUUAAAUCUGAUCACAUGUAAAUCCAUCUCUUGCGAUAAAGAGUGCUCAAAGGUGAGUUCUAUUGAUAACAUUAUUGAAGUUAUAAAUGAACACAUCUCGGGCCAUAAUUUCUUGUAGCUAUAAUAUUUUAUUUUUCAUUUUUUUUAUAUCAGGGUUAUAUAUAUGAAGAGGUAGAAGGAGAGUGCUGUGGAAAAUGUGUACAGGUGGCAUGUGCAAUAUUCAUGGAUGCAGCUACCACUAUUGUUAUUGAGGUACCUCAUAAAUAAUGUACACAAUAUUCAAUAAGCUUAUCCAGAAUUUUUACAGAAUGAUUACUCCGUCUCUAGAUUGUGGGAAAUAUUUAUAUAUAUUUUUUGUGCUUCACAGCCUAGUGAAACAUAUUCAGUGAACAACUGCUCUUAUUAUGAAUGCAAGAAAACCAAUGAGCAAUUUGUUGCCACAAGAAUAAACAAGGAAUGUUCUGUAAUGAGUCAGGAUGACUGUUUGCAGGUAAAUAUAGUAGAUACUAGAUCAUAAAUUCAUAAAGCAAUGACACACAUGUGGAAGUGACAUGUUUUGUUAAAUAACAUUUCCUCUGGAUAUUUGUCUCCAACAGGGAUAUAGAUUUAAAAAACUUGAUAAUCAGUGUUGUGGCACAUGUGAACAGGUGGAUUGUAUAAUUAAACUGGAAGAUAACUCAUUUAAAGCCUUGAAGGUAACACAUCUAAAAUGCCAAAUAUGUUAAUACAUGUUUUCUAAAACUGCUUUAUGUUAGACAAUUAUAAUGUUUUUAAAAAUUAUUAUUACUAAGUAUAGUUGAAAGAAAUAAUCAGUUGUACCUCAUCACACAUCUUGCUGUAGAAGAGAAGAAAAAAGCAAAUUAAAAUGUUUUCCAAUAUUACAUCAAAAGGGAGACCUUUAUCUCUCUUUCUUUAUUUCUUUCUUUCUUUCGAUAUAUAAUGUAAAAAAUUGUAAGUAGUCAAUAUUAAUACAUUUUUCUUCCAAAUAUGUAUAGCCUGAAGAAAUAUGGAUCCCACCUAAUGAAGAUUGUAUCUCUUAUGAGUGCCACAAAGUUGAGGACCGGUUUGUCACCGUGACAGUAAAGAAAAACUGUUCUAUUCAGGAGUGUGAUACUGUAUGUUUAUUUUAUUUUUGAUAUAUUUUGAUAUAUUUUGAUAUAUUUAAUAUACUAUAACAUUUUUAUAUAUUCCAGUGUGUUUGAAUAAUUGUUAAAUGCACCAACUGAAUUUGGGAAAUUGAUCAAAUAAAUGCUUUGUUAUUGUUUUAUAGGGGUUUGAAUACAAAGUUAAACAUGGAGAAUGUUGUGGAGAGUGUAUCAAGAUUGCUUGCACAAUGAAAAUGAAUGAUAACACAACUAUAACUUUACAGGUACUGGUCUUGGUUGAUUUAUUUAUUUAGAACAUCUAGAACCAUUUUAGAACUAGUUUAUAGGAUAAGGGAGACUUUAACUCAUCCGGUAAAACAAAUACAUGAAUAUGGGUUGUUUUCUACCUCUUAAACUUCAGUAUUACUCUUCUAGCCUUCGAUUGGUAAAUGUAUAAUAGGUCUUAGCCCAGCUGAGAAUCAGGAUAGUUUUUAUCGACAACAGAUACAUAAAAUAAUGUUUGCAAUUCCUGGUGCAAAGUAAUAUAUAAAAAAUGUUGCAUGGCUUUUGACACUAUUCUUUCUACCACUUUUUAGAGUGGAGAGAAAUAUAUUCCACAGGAUGAUACAUGCACAACCCACACCUGCACUGACACUUAUGAUGUUAUAACAUUGAAAGAAAUAUGCCCAGACUUCGACCCAACACAUUGUUUGGAGGUAUGUUUUUUACAUUUACAUUUGACAUAAAAAGAAAUAACUUUAAACACGCCUGAUGGCUGUCUGUUGCAAGUCUCAGUUCCCAGCUAAUCAAGUCUCCUGGAUCUAGUUGGGACUAUGCAAGUGCCAAGGAAUCAGCUGAAUAAGUAUGGUGACUUUUUGCAUCAAGCUGCCUUAUGUUACAGCUGCAGGGGCUAUUAAGUCUUUGAUGCUUCCUGUGCAAAAUUUAAUUUCUGCCUGACUCCUGCAUAUAAUAUAUUCUCCACCUCGGGCCUCUCUGGUGGGAUACAUUUCUGGGGUCCAAUGAUUUAUAAUUAUUCCCUGUGGUUAUAUUACCUGGUGGUUCUUUCAUCCUGUGUUACGCCAUGUGUGGUCUGUUAGCCUAGUUUACAUUUUAUGCUAUCCUCUUUAGCGCUUUUUUGACAUACACUUGUCUGAUUUACUUUAUUUAAAAAAAAGUCAUGUCUAUAAUCAUGUAAACUGUCAUUAACGCCUGUUUGCUUAGCUCUGCACUACAAAAAUAGCGAAUGUAAGAAAAAUAAAUAUAUAUAUAUAUUUUAAUGAUACUUUAUACAAUAUAUAGUGUAUUAUAAAUGAAUAUGCUAAUAACUUUGGUGUAGCAGCAAAAAUAGUUACAUUAGAAAUAAACCUAUCGGUUGCAUCAUGUAUUGUCAAUAAAGAUAUUAAAACCGAUAUUUUAUAAAAUGAAAGGUUGUUAUUUGACUGUAUUUCUGAUAAAUAAUCCAUGCUCCCUACCACCAGUUUUAAAACAUUUUUGUUUUUAACACAGGGAACAAUUAAGGUUUCAGAAAACGGCUGCUGCAAGACGUGUGACAGUAAGAGCAUUAUUUAAUUAAUAUUAGUCUCUGAGCUAAUAUUUGAUCAUGAAGAUUAUAACCAAUACAUUCUAUUGGACUAAAUUCUGUGUCUAAUAUAAUUAAUAAUAUUUGAUUGUAUUCUUGGUAUAAAGCUUUUAAUGUUUACAGAUAUUCACUAGUAUGUAUACCUUUAUGUACAAAAACGUACAUAUAAAUAGCCUUCAAAAUAAUGUUUUGUAUUGUUUUACUAAUAUUCAAGCUGUAGGAUGCCAAGUCCGUAAGCAGUCCACCCAUAUCCAAACCAAGAACUGCAGCUCAAAUCAGAUUGUGGAACUCACUUACUGUGAGGGGAGAUGCAACACAACAUCAAUGUAAGUUAACAUACUAAUAUGAGUGAUAUCAAUUAAAUAAUGCUAUAUUUUCUAAACAAAUUAUAUCAUUUAACAUUCUUAUAUUUUAAUAAACAUUUUAAUAUAAGACAUUUGCUAGACAUGUGAUAGUUUGGAUUGUCAUUUCAAGACACCGAGAGCAUAGUUAGGUAUUUAAUUGUCUUGGAAACUCAAACUUAUUUUUAUCAUGCUAUUGGGAGCAACACUUCAUAUACUACACAUAUACUUAUCCCUACAAGUUUGGCUCACUAACCUGUGGUGAAUUUCUACUCGACAGGGCUGGAUUUCCAUUCGUCUAUACUUAUUGAAGAUUGGAAAUUAUGAGACCUGUGCUUAAAUAAAUACACAUAACAGUGCAAACCUGGGAACUUAAAUACCAAAAUUGCUCAAAUAUAACACUUAACACACAAUAUACACUUCCUCCAGUAGCCUGUAGACACUUUUGGAAAUCUAAAAUGUAGUUGUAAAGAUGUUUAUAAAUCUCUUGCACUCUAUGUCUAAUAUGAUCUUUUUACAGUUACUCGGCUGAUGCAAAUGCAAUGGAGCACAAAUGUAGCUGUUGCCAGGAGACAAAGACCAGUGAACGACAUGUAAGCCUGACAUGUUCUGAUGGAACCAGCUCACUUUACUCCUACCUGUAUGUGGAAAAGUGUGGCUGCACCAGUACUCAAUGUGAAAAUGGUUCAAAUACUUUAAAGACCAGCAUUGUAAAUUAGAUGACCAGGUCACCAGUGCGACUUAAUAGAGCGAAUAACAGCAAAUAAAGUCAGUAUAAUAGCGAUUCCAGACCAUUAAAAUAACAAUUAAUGAGAAAUAUUAACACACCUAAAUAAGAACUAAUACAACAUUUUUCAUGCUUUUAUUGUUCAAAAAUAUAUGGUUCACAGAUGUUGACCUAGCGAUGUACUAAUUUUCAAUAUGUCCUGUUUUAUUUUAAUUUGUCGUUUGCAAAUUACAUUUUUUGAAUGCACCUGUCAAUGUAGUGUUGGUAAUUACCCACUCAAAAAGGAACUUGAACUAUUGACAUCUUCUAGUUACUCCUUCAGUCAAUACAUGGAGGAUUCAUAAUUUUUCAUCUUUAUUUCUAAAAAGAAAUACACAUAUUGACUUUUUUUUCUUCAGCAAGACUACAGUUUAACUAUUUGAUUGUUGGAAAGUUAUGAUUACUUUCUUGUGCUUUAUACAUAUUAAUAAUAUGUGUUUAAAUCUAUCGAGUUUAUAAAUAAAAAAUAUUUCAAGAUUUAA